CGGACAAUCAGAUGGGGGUCUGUCUGUACUCAGAACAUUUAGACUGCUACGUGUUCUGAAACUGGUCCGCUUCAUGCCAGCUCUACGUCGUCAAUUGGUAGUCCUUAUGAAGACCAUGGACAACGUGGCCACCUUCUGCAUGCUUCUCAUGUUGUUCAUCUUUAUCUUCAGGUACAGAGAAAAUCUAUGUCAGAGUUCCACUAAUGGACCUGAGGUCACCUGGGUGGCCGUCGUUAAUAGCGCUAACCCUGCUUCUUUUCAGUAAAUGUUUUGUGUUUGUGUAAUCUUUUACAGCUGAGAAUCAAAUCUGUGUCCCACACUUUGAUAACUAGCAGCAUUAUUCACUAAAGUGAGAAUUCAAAACGAAUUUCAGAUUUAAGGCCAAAUUAGCUAAACUGGAAAAAAUCUCUAAAUCAGCAAUACUUCCUGUUGGGGCUACUUUGGCCUGGCAUCUAAAAAUCCCAUCCUGCAACUUUAACAUGUGCAACAUCUUCCUUUUUAUUUUGAUUGACUAAAUCCUGGGCAGAAAUAACUACAUCCCUUCAUUUUAUAAACUGUUCAUUUUUUUCAGGCCAGAUUAAUUCUAGCCUGCAGUUAUGUGAUACAUGGAGAGAGAGCAGUGAUACACUGAAUGCAACUGUUGCUGUAGCAGCAAAAAAGUCCGCUUUGUAUGUUUAAAAAGAAUGACAGAUAUGCAUAAUUCAUUUUUGCCGAAAGAAGAUUAAAAUGAAUAUUUACUAAAAUCUGGUUAUAUUCCUUUAGAGUUUUUUGUUUCUUUAAAAAAAUUGCCCUGUUUUAAAGUUAAUGUUGCAAAUUUGUAUGGGGAACUUUUAAAAUCAUGUUUCCAGAUAAUGUCGGUAGACUGGUUUCAGGUGCCUAAAAGUCAUUUGUUUACUUUAGCAAUGUGACAUUUUUUUACACCAGGCUUCCCCAAACUCCGGCCCUCCAGAUGUUGCUGAACUACAACUCCCAUGAUUCUAUGAAUGAAAUAGAUAGACCGAGAAUCAUGGGAGUUGUAGUUCAGCAACAUCUGGAGGGCCGGAAUUUGGGGAAGCCUGUUUUACACCCUUUCCCUAGAAUUUUGUCUCAUUGUGGAAAAUAAAAGACAUCAUAUGGUUUAAUGUAUAUAGGAUAUAGGUUCUACAGUAGGAAGAAAAAACAAAACAUCAUAGUGUACUAUCUUAUUUAUUUAUUUAUUUAUUUAUUUAUUAUUGCCAUUUAUAUAGCGCCAACAGAUUCCGUAGCGCUUUACAAUAUUUUGAGGGGAUGUAACAAUAAAUAGGACAAUUACAAGAAAACUUACAGGAACAAUAGGUUGAAGAGGACCCUGCUCAAACGAGCUUACAGACUAUAGGAGGUGGGGUAUUAGAAACAUUAGGACAUGGAAUAUGGAAUAGUGGUGUUCAAAGUUGCACUCACAAUAAGGAGAUUGAUUGAAGGCACAUCAAUAUUAAGGUUGACUAGCGAUCUUCCCCACGUAUAUAAGGGUAUAUAGGAGAGAAAGAAAUGUAGUAAUAAAUGCAGACUGUUAUUCACCUGGUGAAGCACUAGAUAAGGGAACACUUACAGAAUUGCAGAGGUGUAUAAGCAUAUCAUAUCACAGGUGCCCAGGAAUCCGGAGAGAGUCCGCCAAAGCAUUCAAGUACAGAUAAGCAAAAAACCUAUUGACUUGUAAGAUUUAUUAAGUAUAACAAUUUAAAACAAAACAUAAAUAAAAACACAAUCAAAAUAAAACUCUCCUAUAAAAUCCCAACCCUACGCGUUUCGUCUGGCACAAUGCAGACUUCCACAGGAGACUGAUCUUCAUUUCAUUUUACCCCUGAGGAAGUCUGCAUUGUGCCAGACGAAACGCGUAGGGUUGGGAUUUUAUACGUGGGGAAGAUCGCUAGUCAACCUUAAUAUUGAUGUGCCUUCAAUCAAUCUUCUUAUUGCGAGUGCAACUUUGAACACCACUAUCAAUAUUUAUUUAAGAUAGUACACUAUGAUGUUUUGUUUUUUCUUCCUACUGUAGAACCUAUAUCCUAUAUAUGUUUUGAGAGGACUGGAAGGAGUCCCUUUUUGUUCUGAUUCUACAGGGUGAGGUAUAAAUUUGUAUAGGUGAAGUGUGUUGUGUUUCACCUCCUCACUUUAUGUCUUUCCACCUGUGAUUGUUAAGGGUGUUUUUUUUAUUGUAUCAUAUGGUUUAAUGCUGAAAUUUUUUUUCAUUAUGGUAACGUUUUUACAAACUCUGGGUUACAUAAAGGGUUGGAAGUAAUUAUGGGUUUUCUAUUCUAUCCAUAAUACAUGUUUUCGAUUCCCCUUUCAGCAUUCUUGGCAUGCAUCUUUUUGGUUGUAAGUUUACCGUGAAGACCGACACCGGGGAUACAAUCACCGACAGAAAAAACUUUGAUUCUUUACUUUGGGCCAUUGUAACUGUUUUCCAGGUAAGAUGGGAAGAUCAACUCUUUGUGGAAUUUGGGGAACUGUGAAUCCAAAAAUUGGUGGCAUGGUUUUUGGUAUAGAAUAAAAUUUUUCCUUCGUAAUAUUCAUGAUAGUGUGGUCAUAAUUUCAGCUUAAAGGGACACUAUAGUCACCCAGACUACUUCAUCACGAUGAAGUGGUCUGGAUGCAGUGUCACUGUCCUUUUAACCCUGCAAUGUAAAACAUGGCAAUUUUUUGCAGAGCUAAGUCCACUUUCAGAGUAAAACGUGGUCAUGUAAUGUGGAAACACCAUAGAAAAAACUUGAUUCUAUGUAUUCCUAUGGGGAAGUUUGAAUCCACAAGGCAAUCUUUAAACAUGCGCAUUAGGUUUCCAAUGUUUAUCUAUAAUGCUCUUCUGUGACUACGUAGCAGGCAGAGAGGUUAGCAGUGCCAAGAGAGCCUUGGUGCUGGGAAUAAGUAUGUUAUACACAUUCUUUUUCAAAUUUUAAUGCAGGGGGAAAAAGAGUAAGGGCAGGGACACUAUAGCCUCAAGAAAACAGAUUUGUAUUCCUAACGCUAUAGUGUUUCUUUAAUCAUUAACUCAUAGGGUUGUUUGAUCAACUGGGAAUUCAAAGUGAUUUCAAAUGGAAUUUCAAAUUUAGGGGCAAAUUAACUUAACUGGAAAAUCCAUCUAUGCUUUUAGUUGUAUAACACCAAAACAGGACACAUUAUUAAAAAAUCAUCAGAGAAUUAGGUUUUAUGAAAAUAACAUCUCUCCACAUGUACUUGAAUGCUGUAAACUGACAUUGUCAUCCAUGCAUAAAAGCCACUUAAAAAUAAAUACAUCGAUUGCAUAAUUUUCAUCGGGACAAAUUAACAAGAUUUCUAUCACAAAUCGAAAUCGGCUUGUGUUAAAGGAUUAAAUAUAAUCUCUAGUCGGAAAUGCAUCCAAAACGCAAUUCUAAACCCUCAAAUCUUAAUUAAUGUUUUGUGGUUUUCAAUUGUGUUUUGUCUGAAGCCCCCAUUAUGAAGCAAUCAGAAAUUAUAAUGCUUUACUUUUUCAACCUUAGCUUUCUGAUGGAUCCGCAUGAGUUCCCAUUUACAGCCCGAUUUUAUAAUCCACUGAAAAUCCUUAAACUUGCCUGCUGACUGUUAGAGGAAUAUUGCAUAGCAUCCACACUAGGACUAUGUUGUUUUCAACCGUGUUGAAAUGAUUGCUAAAAUGCUAUCGAUCAGUUCGCAUGAUGCAAAAGAUCAUUUACAGAAAAUUACACCCAGAUAUUGGCUAUUUGUAGAGUUUAGUAAUUUACUUGGAAGAAAUAUAUUUUAGAAAAAAAACAAAAACCCUGUACAUUCAGCAAAUAUUGCGACAGAUUUCUGUGGUCACACUAUUGCUUUAAAAUGUUAGUUCAUCAAUGUUACAAAUUUUAUCAUUUGGAGAUAUUAGAUACGACGGUCACUGAGCUACUUCUUUGGGUUGCCGACUUCAGUAUUUUUUAAUGGAAGGACAGGUAUCUAGAAUAGCCGUAAGGCAUUCGAGAAGAGUGGCUUAAAUGCUGGGAGCAAGUAACUGAGUACAACUCUCUGUGACUUCCAGGGGGUAUCAUUCUGUCUUUAACAUUGAAAUUCACUUUGAAAUUGCUUUGAAUUCUUUAGUUACUAACUCAAUAAGUGAAAAUUGUAACUAGUAACUAAUAAUAAGGGUAAAAAGGGACACUACACUACCAUUGAAACCAUGACAGCUAAUAAGUAGGAAAUGACAUGUGUACGACCAUUUUAAUCCCAGUGGGGGCCUAUCUCUUUCUAUGUUUUUGUGGGGAUUAGAUGAUUGAAAAGUACACCACGCCAAACAUGUUUAAGGAUCAAAAGCCAUUUUAUAACUUCAUAUCUGUCUGUCUGUGUACUUAUGUAUUAUGCCUCAAUCACGCAGAGCGUCCAUAGGAAAGCAUUGAAAAAUGUUUUCCUACGGACACUUUGAAUGCACGCGCAUUCGGCGCCGGCGACGUCAGUCAAAGAUGCUUACGUCGGCGGGGGAGGAAAGGUAAGGGAGCCUGGCGGGGGAAAAGGGUGAGUAGCUGAAGGGGUUUUAAGGGGUUUUAACCCCUUCAGCACCGCGGGAGGGGGACCCUGAGGGUGGGGGCACCCUCGGGGUACUAUAGUUGUCCCUUUAAACUGCAGUCUUCAAAUUAAAUACAUUGUUACCAUUUAUACCAUAGUUUGCCACUGUAAUUCUCUGUGCAUGCAGUUUGUAUCAUUUAAUGUUUCUAACCAAUAUUACAUGUACACAGUUAUUAAUAUUCUGGUUGAUAGAAUUUAGUACAACACAUGGCUACUCUACCUUCUCUCCGCCUCCUGACCCAAGCAAACAUACACUGACUCAAGCAGACACAGACACUGACUCAGACACACACAAACACACUGACCAAAGCAGACACACAGACACACACACUGAUCCAAACACACGCACACACUGAUGUAGACACACACACCGAUCCAUGCACACACACUGAUUCAAGUAGAUACACACACUGACUCAAGCAGACACACACACACUGAUUCAAGCAGACACACACACAUUAACUCAAGCAGACACACACACUGACCCAAGCACACACACACACACUGACCUAAGCACACACACUGAUCAAAGCAGACACACACACACACACUGACUCAAGCAGACACACACACUCACUAACUCAAGUAGACACACACAUACUGACUGAAGCAGGCUAACACACACUAUUAAGUUCCCCUCUUGCCUUAAUUUCACAUUGUCUCUCUGUAGGUCACAGGCUUUUGGAUUGCGCCUGGCUGACUUGAGUCUCUCUCAGUCCCGCCCUCGCUAUCCUCCCGCCCACUUGACCCUGAGUACAAGGAAAGGGGUGGAAGCGAUCGCAAUAUGUACCCGUCCACUGCCGGCAUAUUAGGAUGGGUUGGGGGGCGGCUCUCUGUAAUUUUUGCGUGUGAAGGUUGAUGGCACCAGGUACUAGUCUGCAGCUAUGUAAGUGCUCCCUAGCGCCGGUGCCAUCAACCAGCGGCACACAAUAUACAUAAUAAGUAAAGCUGCUGCCGGUGCUCCCCUUAAGCAGCAGCCUAUGUGGCUGCCUAAUCAGCCUAAAGAACGAGCCGGCCCUGCACUCGCAGAAACUACAACAAUAGUAAAGCUCUGAAUUUUUCCUCAGAACUGCCCACCCAGGUUCCGCCUAAAUAUACAGCAUGCUCCUCCAGCUGUUAGAGAUUCUCAUUCAAUUACCUCUUCAUUCCCUUUACAAUUUACCAAUAGCUGCUUCUCUCUGUUAACUGCUUUAGCCAUCACCUCCAAACUUCCCCUGCUACCUGUUUCCCCUGCUACGUCUCAAAUCCCCACUAUAUCCAUUUGAUUGUAAGUUCACGGGCUAUCUAGAGCUUAAAUGUCUAGAUCUCAGCUUACGGGCAUUUUGUAUUUGUCUGUGUAUAUUGUACGUCCUCCACUAAUUGUACAGCGCUACGGAAUCUGUUGGCGCUUUUAAAAUACCAUUAAUUAAUAAAUAAAUAUCUCAAUGUUUAUUUAGGCCUUUUUGUCUUUCUUUAUCUAUAUCUGAUUGUGUCGAUCUAUAUAUCUAUACUGGUCUUUCUGUCUUUAUAUAUCUAUGUAUUUCUAACUCUAUAUCUAUCUAUAUUGGUAGUUCUGUCUUUAUAUAUCUAUAUCUGUCUGUAUCUAUCUCUAUCUAUCUAUAUAUACAUUCUAUCUGUCUGUCUGUCUAUCUAGCUAUCUAUCUAUCUAUCUAUCUAUCUCUGUGUCUGUCUUUCUAUCCAUCUUGCUAUCUAUCCAGGGCCGGACUGGGGAAAAAAUUCGUCCCGGGCAUUUUUCAAUCAGAGCGGCCCCCUGAGAAGUGGGCGGGGCCAGAGAGGGUGUGUUUUGUCAUCACUAAGGACAAGCCUGCCCCCUCUCAAAGUGAGCAUGUUGGUUCAAUGCCCAGAGCCCCGCUGAAGAGCUCUAACAUUAGAAAAAGGCCCUGUAUUUGUUCUGCGCAGCGCAAGCAAAUUUAAUAACAUGCUUGCGCUGUGUUUGCUUUUAAAUUGUCUCUGGUGUCUCCACAAGUGGGAUACCAGAGGAUAAAAGGGCCAGGAAAGUGUAUGGUGCAUGUGUUUGGAGCCUGCUUGUGGGAUUGCGUGUGUGUAAAGUGUGGUGUGGUAUUGUGUAAACAGGUCAAUUUCAUUUGUGUUUGUGGUGUAAUAAGUGUGGCUAGGGGCUGUAGAGAGUGUGUGUAUAGGGGGCAUAGUGUUAUAGGGGAUGUAGCGAGUGUGUGCAUACGGGCUGUAGUGUGUGUGUGUGUGUGUGUGUGUGUGUAUAGGUGACGUAGUGUGUGUAGGGGUUGUAGAGAGUGUGUGUUUAGAGAAUGUUAUAUCCCCCCCUCCCUUCUUACCUUUAGCCUGGAGGGUAGGGUGGGCCAUGCUGCCAUGGAAGGGGGACCGUGCUGCCUGGUGGUCUUAGUGGAACCCGGGGGAGCUGCUGGCUAGAGCUCCUUGUGUUCUCUCCUGCCUCACUCCCUCUUUCUCCAGCCAGCGGUCACAUAUCAGUGCCUGUGGGCCGGUGAGGGAGAUCUUUGAUCUCCCCACCGGCCCAUGAAGGCACACAGCAGGGCCGGCGCUCAGAUAGUGCUGGCUCUGCAUGGGUUGACAGGGGAGAUCCUGUGAUCUCCCUUGCUGGCCUCGGCCCAUGGCCAUCGCGGCCCACCGGGCAUUUGCCCGAUAUGCCCUGAUGACCAGUCCGUGCCUGUAUCUAUCUAUCUAUCUAUAGCUGUCUGUCUAUCUAUGUCUGUCUCGCUAUCUGGGCCUGUCUGUCACUAUCUCUGUAUCACUGUUAACCCUUUCAAGCACACCCAUUUUAACACAAGAUGAAAAGAUUUAAUGAUUAUGUAUGGAGUUAUUCCUCAUAUGUUUAACUCUUUGUUAACCUUUGUCUUCCCUACACCAGAUUCUCACCCAGGAAGAUUGGAAUAUGGUCCUGUAUAAUGGCAUGGCUUCUACGUCAUCAUGGGCGGCGCUUUACUUUGUGGCCUUGAUGACGUUUGGGAAUUACGUCCUGUUUAACCUAUUAGUAGCCAUUUUGGUGGAAGGUUUUCAAGCAGAGGUAAAGUGCCUCCAUCUCUUCUAACACCCAAAGCUGUCCAUUGCAAGGCUUAGUUAGCGAUUACCUUUGAAAUGCAGAACAGUGCUGUAAACAUUUUGCAAUUAGCUUCACACAUACGGACGGCCUUUAGAAAAUUCAGGCUAGUAGAAGCAGUUACUGGAUCUACUUGAUAUCUGGUGUUAAUAUGUAAAGUAGGCCAAUGUGAGCUUCUGUGUGCGUCCAGUGCUGUUGAUUUCAGUGAUUCCCUGUGCCCUCACUGCUGCAUACAUGACGAUUUACAAAAAAUAUAUAAUAUUUGUGUCACGAUUCGGGGAACCCAACACGCUGGCACACACACACACACAGAAAAGGUGCCGUACCGGACCUUAGAGUGGCCGGGCUAAGCACACACAGAAUAGUCAGGAAACAAGCCGAGUAAGGGGAACCAGAAGACAGAAUAACGUGAAACGAGCCAAGGUCAAAGGGUAGGAGAAAGUCACAGAGUCAGAUAAACAAGCCAGAGAGUACGUAACCAGAAGCACAAGGUAAGUAGCAAUACUAGCAAGCAAAGACCACAACAGGGCAGGGAGGAACAGGAAAGGUAAGUAUUUAAACCAUAAGGUUAAUUCUGAUUGGAUAAUUUCCAAUCAGAAUUAACAAUCACACGUGGGAGAUAUCUAGACCUCCCACUGUGAUUGAGACACUGUGCCUUUAACGCCGGGUCAGGUGACUGACCCCGGCGUGUACUAACUUGGGCGGUCUCCCAGCGUGCAGCGUCAUGUAUGCUGCCGCUGGGGGACGUGGAGGAAACGGCGGGCGGCAUCCGAGGCUGGAAGGAUGCCGCUCGCCGAGCCCACGAGGAGGAGACCGCGGACGGCUGGAGGGUGAGUACCGCGAGCGGAGUGCAGCCUCCCCUCGCAGCCACCCGCGGGAUACCGACAAUUUGUACAUGUAGAACUUUGCCAGGAGUUGAAGAAAGUUGCAGGAUGACAUAACAGACAGGUCCUAACUAUGCCUGUUUACUUGCUUAUUAGGGAUGCAAUUUGAUCAUCGUCAAACAUUGGCAAUUAUUUCUAAGCCUAACCCUAACCCUACCUCUAACCCUAACACUAACCCUACACCUAAUUCUAACAUCAAUCUUACUUCUAACCCUAACACCAAUCAUAACCCUACCUCUAACCCUGACACCAAUUAUAACCCUACCCCUAACACAAGCCAUAACCACAGCAGCAACUUCUGUACCCUAACAUUAAACCCUACCAGAAACACUUACCCUAGCCAUAAUGCUAACUCUAACUGUAGCUCACAAGGAGAGAUGCACACAGCUCAUUUGUCAGUCUGUGGUCACUGACUGAAGCCUCAGUUGACAGAGGGGAGCCUCAAGUAUCAAAUGGUACCUGGUGUCCCGGUUACCAACAGGAACCUAGCCCUGUUGGUAUGUUAAAGGCAUGAAGGUUUAUGCCAUCAAUGGGUGUUAAAGCCCUGCACUGGAUGCCAGCAUAGACUGCCAUGCAGUACUUAAGGGGUUAAUGUUAAGAAGCUUGUGUAUCUGUCACUCCAAGUGAGCCCCCAUUACUGUGCCCACUCGUGAAUUCACACAUGUUAUUGCUCACAGUGAAAAACCAAGACCUUGGUCAGUGCAGCCAGAGAACAGAAUGCAGUCCUUACUGUAGAACAGUGUUUUGUAACCCUUCAAUUUAGACACAAAAUCAGGUCCCCGUGCCAUUUAAGUGUGCCCCCAUUGGUAGUAACAGGGGUAUUACAAGGAGGUAACUGCAUAUCUCAGUGGUAACAGUAGAAGAGCUGUCUUUGUAAAUGCAACGGAGACAACUUUGAUAUUGAGAGGAGUCAAAUGAUAUUGUCUUACAGAAGUUAUUUAAUUAAAUGUACAAUAUGGCACAUUUUAGUCUCCAUAUAUAUAUAUAUAUAUAAUAAUAUAUGAUCAGUAUUUAGACAAAUACAGUAUGUGUCCUUUUCACUGUAAAGACUGAGAGAACAGUCAGAGGUUAUCCUGAUUGCCGAUGUCUAUAAAAACUGCACUAUUCAGAGUUGCGGUGACAAGAUAAAAUAUCGUUAAAUAAAGUCAUGAUAGAUUUCCGUCCUUCUAAUGCAGGAAUCUAUAUUCACAUGAUAUCAGCAGCCAGGCGUCUGGCACAGCAAUGUCUGACUGCUCAUAAAAUUAUGGUUUCUCAGAUGAAGCAUGAAGUGGAUAAUAAAAUUUACUGCACUUCCAGGAAAUCGCACCCCCUCCCAAAAUGCUGAGUCUCCCCAUUUUUUUUGUUCGCUGAGGGAUUUGCCAGAUAGUGAGAUCAGCUAUAUAAUAACCUUCAAAAACGUUAGAGGGGGAAAGGAAUUUUUAAUGCCUUAAGUAUCUCAUUACCAUCCUUCGACUCUUCACGUAAUUAAAGAAAACAUAUAAUUUAGUCGUCAAAGUUAUCGUCAUUUUAAAAAAAAAGUUUUUACAAGAUCAUUAGUGAAUACAAAUUAACAAGAGAAAAAUCCUGCUCGGCCCCAUUAAUUGCAAUACACUUCAAGUGUUACCAGGCUUCAAAUUAGUUUAAAUGACUUUAACCUUAAUGAUAUUCUAUAGAUUUUAUAAAGUAAUGGGGUGAAGUUUGAAAUAUGAGUCACUAAAUCGGAUGUUUCAAGAAUCCAUUAAGGAACGUCUGAUACAAUGUUAUUUGGUUUUGCUUUUUUUUAUAAAAGGGCAUUCCAGUCUGGAGUUGACUCGUUCCUUUUUAACUAUAGAAGGAAUAGCGUGCUGUACUAGUUAUGGUGCCAGAAGUGCCCUGGUACCUCCACAGUGUAUGUUGUCAGACCUACAUGCAAAUGGUUUGAUUUCUUUCUCCAGUUCCUCCAGGCACCGUUGCCUCCUGUCUACACUCAGAAAUUCUCUGCCUUGAACUAAGCCUGCUAUGCCGGCCUUAGCUCAUUGGCUCAGAGCAGUCAGGUGACCACUCAUUUAAUGAGCUGGUCCUGCACAGUUGGGUUUAGCUCAGGAGAGCUAACUGAUGCUUCAUGCAGGACGUCCAGCUCUCCUUUCUGGCUCCAGGGGGACAGGGAGUGGUGCCUGCUGAACCCAGGGGAACGAAGUCAAACAGUUUGACUACAUACACCGGGGAUGUGCUAGGGCACUCCUGUCACUAUGACCACUACAGUGGUUACAGUUCUACCUUUGGAGAACUUGCAUUUGAUAAAAUUCUCUGAGAUCCAACUGAGACCAGGGAGUAAUUGAAAAGCUUUCAUUCAGUGGAGAGUUGAGCAUUUCCCGUAUAUAUCUCAUCGAUAUAUGGAUUCUGCUCUGGCAACAAUGUAAUAUAUGCAAAAUACAUGUGUGAGACCACAGAUUUAGCUGGUAGAAACCUCUGUCAGGUUACUAAAAGUUUUAUUUAUGCCGUUUCAUGAAUGUAACUAUAGAGACUAUAUUUAUACCAUAUAAAAGCCCGUUAGAGGAAGUGGACAUUUUCAUGGCAUCUGUCCAUCCUGUGUGUAUGUUCUAUAUAUUUACAUCUAUGUCUAUACAUAUAUAUAAGUGAGAGAGGGGAAUUAGAACUGCAGCAAUGGGAUGAACUGCUUGAAGCAAUGUUUUAUAGUGCUUGUCACUGUAACAACUUUAUAAACUUGAGCUUGCAAUUUUGACAAGCGUCAUGAACUCAACAUUAUAAUGACAUCAAUAAUAAGUCAUAAUUUUAUCCACAUAAAAUGAGUGUAAUUCUGACAAAUUAGGGUUACAGUUAGAGGUUUUAGAUCCUCAUUAUGACUCUGAUUUAUUUAAUUUAAAUUAUCUAAAUUAUCGUGUAGUCAUGAUAUCAUCUUCAUUUUUAGGUCUAAGCUAUCAACAGUAUUUUGUCUAAUUCUUAGUGUGAUGGACCGGAUAUCUACCUAUAAUAUACAGGAGCGUAUUCACUAACAGAAAAUAAUAGUGAAUUGAAACCUAAAUUAGGAAAUAUAGGCUAUAAUAGUUGAUUUGGAAAAAUUAUCCAACUAGAGUCACAACAUACAGCUUACAAGAGCUGUAGUUCUCUUGUCUGCAGCCUUUGCAAACCCUCCCAAUCCAAUCCCGCCCAGACUUUCUGUGGCUGUCCAAUCACAGACUUCCCAAUGCAGCUCAGUGAGUAGUCUUUGCAAGGCAGGUGCUCUGGCAAUUGCUGAGUUUAGCUGAGCUUAGCAAACCAGGAAGUAACAGGACCAGCUGUCUGCUUGAAUGCCGGGGGUGUAACAAGGUUACUUUAUAAAAGCGCACAUUUCUCCUAAAAUCGGCACUUUCUAUAAAAUGUCAAAAGAGGAUACACUCUUCACACAUAAAGCAUUUCAGAAAGAUAAAGUGCUUUAGGGGUCUGAGGUGUCCCUUUAAGCUUACAUUGUGCAGUUUUUUCCUUCAACUAACCACAACAUUUACUGAAUGUUGAAUGUGUUUACUGAAUAAUACCCUCAGUGUUUCUUUCCCUUUUGAGGCAUUCUGCAGAAUCCACCAAGGUGAUACAUUUCAAUUUUAAUCUUCAGCCAUGUCUGCUGAUGUGCCGAUACCCCGUUACCCCCAUAAAUAUAGGCUCCUAGGGCCUUGCCCAUGUUAGUAACAGACAAUUCUGCCUUGUAUGUAGUGCUUUCUCCAAAUAUCCAAAGAUGGCAAGUAAAAUCCCCUGAUUUACGGAGCAUCCAUAAAUCUUUUAAUCUGUUACAGACUACACAAGGUAUUCCAGGUACGCCUCGUGUUGUAUGAAAUGGAUUAGAGCCGCUUUUCUCCAGCUAACACAGAUAAAAAAAAAAGAGAGAAAUUGCAAAACUCAAAUUCAAACUGCGAAAAUUCUUCACGGAUUGUGAGCAAAGCUCAGCAGAACAGAUCUAAUGCUUCCCACUUCCCCCUAAUACCUUGUUUUUAUUCCUCUCCAGGGCGAUGCAACAAGGUCAGACACUGAUGAGGAGAAAGUCUCUGCUAACUUUGAGGAAGACCUGGAGAAGAUACGAGAUCUACGCACAGCAGGUGCAGUGUGAAUCCCUUUACCUUUUAACUCAUUGAGGCUAUUUGGAUUAUGGCUACACCAUUUGUUUCACACUCUUCUAGUGAACACAAUGUUAAAAGAAAAAUUAUCUAGAGAAGCUAUGACACUUUCACAAUUAAAGAAAAUACAUUUUACUUGAAAUGUUGUCUUCUACUGCCAACCCAAGUAUUUUAUUUAACUAAUUUUUUAAAGUGUAUAUGUCAAAAUUUCCAUACAAGAGAGCCACUAAAAAUGUAACUAUGUAUUUUAAAUCUCGCCUAUGGUGCAAGUGGUAUUGAAAAAUACUAUCUCUGUGCAAUCUAGGGUAUUUUGUUGAAUUGUGUAUUGCGGAGAUAGGACAAGACAAUUGCAAAUUCUGAGCCAAAAUAGCCAAUUCAAAUUCUCAGUGCUUUAUUAUUGUCGGGACUUCAAAAGGAAUUUCAAAUGUGAAACCCCAAAUUUUAUUUCACAUGGAAUUUCUAACAAUCCACACUUUAGUAAAUAAAAUCGCUGCAAAAUAUAGGCCAAAAUAGAAACAUUUAAAAAGAGAUCUCCAGCUAACCUCGGGACUUCUGUUGUGGCUGUUUAUGCCUAUUUGUGGCUAUUGAUCUUGUGGUUGCCACAGAGGAAGUUGGCUGUAAGGCAAGCAGCAUCUCAUAUAUUUGGUUUGAGAGAGAGAGAUAAUAAAAUGAACUAUCUUGUUCAUAGUGGUUAUGAGAAAUUUGGAUUCUACAAUUCUCCCAGAAUGCUUUGUUAAAUAUGCAGAUUAGCACAGACAAGCAUGACUUCAUCCUGCAUUUCCUGUAGCCACAAUUGGCAGUCGAGCACUGUUUUAAGUACAGCUUUUUAAAUCAAAGCAUGGGGCUAGUGUUCAAUAAGGCCAAAGUCCAAAAACGAACUUUGUUCAUUUGGGACUCAUCAGCUAGGUGUUAAAGAAAGAUACGGUAAGUACAAUGUAUGAUUAACCCCCCUGCCCCCCCUUCACUGAUUGAUUUGCACAUUAAUUAUAAUUGCGGCUUUUUAUUGAAGAUACAGUGAAGCAGGUGAUUUCAUAGUAAUAUGGCAAAUUGAAUAUUUUCUAUAUGUUCUGUUCAAGGUUAUUUUUGCUCAUAUUGGUCUCUUAGACCAGGGAAGUCCAAAAGGUAGAUCCCCAGAUGUUGCAGAACUACAACUCCCAUGAUGCUUUGCAUGCCUUUGCAUUUAUUUAGAAUGACAAAGCUUUAUGGAAGUUGUCGUUUUAAAAUAUCUGGGGAUCUACCUUUUGGGCACCCCCUGUCUUAGACAAUAGGCCAAGAGGAUUUAUUGGUACUGAGAAGCUUGUCGUGGGUGGUAGACGCUGUAAUUAAGGUGACGUUUCUUUUCUGUCCAGAGUUGAAGAUGUAUUCUCUAGCAGUGACACCAAAUGGACACCUUGACCCUCGUUGUUCUUUGCCACCACCUAUUAUCAUGCGCACGGCUGCCACCCCGAUGCCCACGCCUAAAUGCUCACCCUGUCUGGACCCUGGACACCCAUUCAUAGAUUCAAGAAGAGAAAGCAGCGUGUCUGUAGAUCCAUCCAUGUGUGAUCAGAAGUCUUUGGUGGGUACCUAUAUUUUCUGUUUCUAUGAAAAAAUAUAUUUUUUCACCAUUUAAUUCACUUUGAUUUUGCUUUGAAUUCUGGCAAUUCACACUUUUUAUUAAAUAACCCUGUUUUGCUGUUAUGUAUUUUUCAUUAUUAAAGAGCUAAGGAAUUAACAGGGUUAUUUAUUAGUGACAAAUGCCUCAUAUUCAAAGUGAAUUUCAAAUUUUAAGACCAAAGUAGCCAAACUGGAAUUAUAGUUGAUUUUGAGAAUAUUUCCAGUUCAGCCACUUUGGCCUUAACUUUUCUCACUUUACUAAAUGUGUUUUGGGAAUAUGAUGAACCCAAAACCGAAAUAGAUGCUUUACGCACCAAAACAACUUAAAUUAAUGAAGGCCCCUUAGCAGUCCUGAUUCCAGCAGACAGUACCGAUUUUGGGGUCAUCUCCUGCCAUUCCAAUUUUGUCCCACGACCAGGAACAGCAGGAAACUCUCCUUGAGCAGCACAUUGCAAAUGCAUCAUUAGAAUCACUUGCGAUCUGAAUGGGCACUAGAACCAUACAGCGAGGGCUUCAGCAGUUGACUCUGCAAGGCGUUGUAGGUUAGUGGCCCCUUCAGGGUGGUGCCCUGUCUCUUUACCACAUAGCCCCUCCUCUUUUCCAGGCAGGACCUGCCCCUUUCCAAGUGCCUUUCCAUUGUGGGCAUCAUCGGAGACAUGAGUUGGAUCACUGGUGGUGCCCAUUCCUGUUCUCAUACCUCCCAGUGUUGGGAGGAAUGUUUAUUAAGUGUUUUUGGUGAUCAAUUCUCUGCCAUUUAGGAGAUAAAUCACUUUAUACAGCUCUAGUCAUAUCUUCCUGCAUGUGACGUGCUCAGCCUUCCUAAACACUUCCUGAAAGGGAACCUAGAUAUUCUACAUCCCCUUAUUGCAAAGUCUGUUUACAUUAGAAUAUCUUGUCUCCUACUCUGCAGGAGCCUCUUGUGUGUGAUUAAAGUUCAACUAUCAGAGCAAGAAAUAAAAACUUCUAAAGUAAACACACUGUGCUGUAAGAUCUGAUAGAAAAUUUAAUAUUUGAGGCUGGGGCUUCAUAAAAAGAAACAAAAGUGAUUUAACUCCUUAAUGGCAAAUAAUUGAGCAGCGAGACUGCAGUUGCUUGAACUAUACACUUAAGUUGUUUUAUUGCUUAGAGUAUUCCAAUAAAGUUUUAGGUGACCUUUAAAACCAAAUAUUGCUAAAAGAUAUAAAAAAAAAUGCUGUGUUCAUGGCAAUUUACAUUGCUUGAAUUAGUUUAUUUCUAAAGAUCAAUACAAGGUUUAUCAGCAGUAUUUUAGUACAGACGUAAACUUUCUAUUUGCUUCAAGAACAGGGUGAAAUUAAACUGAACGAAUUUGCGAAUGCAGUUAAUAUGUAGUAGGUAAAGUGGUUUUUUUUUUGUUUGUUUGUUUGUUUUCAAGCAGAUAACUUAAAGAGCCAGUAAAGGUUAAAAUAAUGAGGUUAUUAUCUUAUCAAAUUGUAGUGAAUUGAAAAUGGAUUUGCAGAGUUUAUGUCAAAUCCUCCAACUCAGCUUAAAGUCACAUGAUCUUUAUUUACGCCCAAAUUAGAGUCAAUCCAAUGUUUAGCAUAUCAAAUAAACAUUUAAAUUAAAAAAAAAUCAAUAUUUAUUUUUAAACAGCACACAGAGGUUUUUGUAUUUUUUCUACAAAAGUGCAUGAUGGGUUUAACUCUGACCAGCUAACAGGUGAUCAGGUGAGAUAUAUGCUUGUGUUAAUCUUAGUGUUUAUAUGACAAAUUUUGUCAAAAUCUCCCUUAUCAGUUUAUACUAAAACCGAGCAGUUACUGAACAUGGCCCACUUGAUCCUAAAAGAUGUUAUUUUUUUUUAAAUAAAAAUGUAAUUUAAGAAUAGUUUAUUGCUUAUAGUAAAAUAUGCGUACAUUUUUUAAUCUUACAUGAUCAUUUUUUUACAGUAAUUUAAAGCAGGUGACCUUUCAUUCAAAUUUAGAAACUCUUGAACGCCAAAAACAUCUAAAUUUGUUGUUACAGAUGCCCUUUCCGCAGACAUGAAUCACAUUUUUUGCAGAAACAACUUUGUACUGAGUGUUUACUUUGUUUGUUUGUUGACUUGCUCUCUCUAUCCAUAGGCUAGUCUCCGUAGCUCUCCGUGUGCCCCUUGGGCUACAUACAGUAAUUGGGGAAGCCGUCGCUCCAGCUGGAAUAGUCUUGGCAGAGCCCCAAGCAUCAAAAAGAAAAAUCAGUCUGGUGAAAGGGAGUCCCUGCUGUCCGGCGAGGGGAAGGGAAGCACGGAUGAUGACUCUGAUGACUGCAAGUCCAGCUCAAUGGGUAGAGGAUCCCUACAUCGGCGGGCAGGUUCUCUGGAUACUCGCGGCUCUUUGGACAUCCCUGAGCUUCUCCAGGUGCCAACGUUACGCCACUCCCUUAGUGUCAGUCCUCUAGCCAUGGUUCCUUCAGAGUUUCAAGACUGCAAUGGCAAAAUGCUUCACGUGCCCAGCGACCUGUUUGUCCGAGUAGAGAAGCACAAGGAGGAGCCUCCCCUGGACUAUGAGGACGACCUAGAAGAUGUGAGUCAGUUUCCCGUUGCGUUUGGGUGAGAACGAUGGAGGGACAUUUGGAGACAAUAUCCCACUGUCAUGUAAUGCCUUGCUCCUCUGUCUAAAGUAUUCUUCCUUGUCUAGAUAAUUGACCUUUGCACACUAAAACAGGUGACUCCACUAAAGCAUCUUCUAGUAACUGUCAAAUUUUAGUGCCUCACUACAUCACCAGAUGGCCAGAAAAGUUGUGGCAGACCCUUACUGUCAAUUCAGCACAAAGAAGCAAGUUACCAGGCAACAGAACAGAAGUUAUUAAAAAAUUAAACAAACCGUAAAAAAAAUUCUCAGUAGAAAAUAAAAAAAAUAAAAAACAGCUUCCCAGGGAUUUUUAUCUUAUGGUGGAAAUUUAUGUGAUAAAUAAAUUUUUUGUGUUCUACCUAUAAGAUAAAAUUAAAACAUUUCCCAUAGAAAACAAAUGUGUAAAGUGUCAAAAACAGUAUAAAAAUAUUUGUAGAUAAAACUAAAAAACUGGCUUAACCACAUCCACCCGCAGACAGAAGGAUAAAAACUAGGAGCGUGGCAUUAAUUAUGCGUCAUUUUGAAAAGCUCACCCCCUCUACUUGAUGGUGAUACCGAUCCAUUCCAUGUUUUUCAUUGGUUAAGGAAGGGUCUAUAGAAUAGCGUCCGAUAGCUGGAGCAGUGCUCCAAGGCAUAGACUGCUGACCUUUAUGUUCACAGUUAUAUGGAGAAGCGAACAAAAAAGAGUGUAUAGUAUUUGUUUUUGUUUUUUAAAACAAAAUAAAGUUAUUUAAAGUAGUACCAUCAAGUUUAAUGAUUUUUAGCCUUCUAUCAGCUUAUCCCCAGUUUUAUGAAAAAUAAACUGAAAGGAACACUAUAGGCACAAAAACCACUUUAGCUUAAUGAAGCAGUUUUGGUGUAGAGAUCAUGCCCCUGCAGUCUCAUUGCUCAAUUAUCUGCCAUUCAGGAGAUAAAUCACUUUGUUUAUACAGCCCUAGUCACACCUCUUUGCAUGUGACUUGCCCAGCCUUCCUAAACACUUCCUGAGAAGGAACCUAGAUAGUCUAUGCUCUCUUAUUGCACAGUCUGUUUAAUUUAGAAUGUCUUAUCUCCUUUUCUGUUAAUAGCCUACUAGAGCCUACAUGAGCCUGUGUGUGUGAUUAAAGUUCAGUUAUUCUAUUUCACAUCUUCCAAUGCAAUGUGUACAUUGUCUGUCCCAGGACUGGAUUGUGUUGCCAAUUGCUACAUUUUUAACAUACAUUUAAAAGAAAACAGCAUUAUAUAUGAAGAGGUUAGCGGAGCGGUAUAGGUUAUUUUCAGUGUUUCAUUCAAUAUUGUUAUUUCUACAGUAGUCAUGGCUUCAUGUUAAUGCAGAAUUGAGGAACAAGAGUUUUCAGCUGAUUUUAGACAGUCUGUUUUAAAGAGCUUGCAAUCUACUGUAUUGAUUGUACGGAUGCUUUGGAUGAAGGGCCAGACUAAGAAUUAUUCUCCCUUAUUAGUCUUGCAAUGGAAAAUACUUGUCUACGGAUACAUGCUGUUUCCGGAGGCCUGUAGGGGACAUUGCAUUGAAAUAUACAUUAUCUAAACAUUAUCUGUUACAUCAUGCCACUAUUAUCCCCAUAACUUCCUCGCUAAUGAUCCCCAGAGGAAUCAGAAUAGGUAGCGCAAUGUACAGCUAUUGCCUAAUUCAUUCUAUAGUGUACUUAAAAUGCCAGUAUCCCAGCAACUAAUUACAGGAAACACUGAGCAAUUAAGUUUAAUAUGCAGUUAUAUGGCAAUUAACCAGUUUAUCACAAUAUCAUUAUAAUAAGGAUUAUUGUGAAUGCAGAUUAUAUUUUAGUUUAACCUUGUUUUAUAUGUCUUUGAAAUUGGUAAGGCUGGGAGAGUUGAAAAUAUAUAAAUAUAAGCUUUUUCCUUGGUUUGGUUGGUUUGUCCUGAAAUAAUGCACCGAAGAAAAGGUUAAUGACAGAUUCUCUGUAAAUGAUGGAAUAUUUUAUUAAAUCAAUCCAAUGAUUUUUCUUUCAUUUUAUUCUUUCAUUCUUUAGAUAAACAAUGUUUUUUUUUUUUUUUUUAUAAAUUAAGAUGAAAUCUAGGUUCCUAUCACCUAUUGUUACUCUUUUUUUUUUUUUUUAAAGCUCCAACCUAAUCCGUAGCGCUGUACAAUAGCCAAAUACGUAUUUGUAAUUUUGACAAAACAUUUUUGGCUUACAGUAGAAAGAUUUGAAGAAGACCCUGCUCAUGUAAUGUACCCUCUGCAUUGUAUUGAUUUAGGGCACAUCACUUAUUUAUCUAGUGUUUCAUUUCUCCAUGAUCUUUAUAAAUUCUAUAGUGUUCCGUUUUUCAGUUCCAUAACGUCCAUUUCUCUCAGUUCUCAAAUGUCCAAGUUUUCUGACUCCUCUAGUAUUCUAUUUAAUGAUGUUCUAUAGUAUCCCACUUUUCCAAGUUCUCGUGUUCGUCUUCAAAGGUUUUUAGCCUUCCAUUUCCCCAAGUUCUGUAGUGUUCUAUUUCUCCAAGUGUCUAGUGUUCAUUUCUCUUAGUCCUCUGGUGUUCCAUUUCUCUAUGUUCUCAUGUUUUCCGUUUCUCCGAGUUCUCUGGUGUUCUGUUUCUCCCAGUUUUCUCGUCUUCCAUUUUUCAGACUACUUUAGUGUUCCAGUUCAGAUCUCUAGAUGUCCGUUUAUCCAAGUUCUCUAACCCUUCUUUCUCCAACUUUUCUUCUAUGUUCUAUUUCACCACAUUCUGUCGUGUUCUACCUCUCUAAUUUCUUUUUAGUGUGCAACUUCUUCAAUUUCUCCGGUGUUCUAUUUCUCCCAGUUCUCUAGUGUUUAAUUGUUUUCAGACUUCCCUGUUACAUUUUAAGAUUCCUCUAGUGCAGUUGUCCCCAACCUAGCCCUGAUGGACCAUCAACAGUCCAGGUUUUGUCAGUAUCUCCUUUUGAAUAAAUAAGGGAAAUGCAUACAUUUUGGACUGUUGGUGGUCCACGAGGACUGGGUUGGGAACCACUUCUCUAGUGUACCACUAUUCUGAGUUUUCUAAAAUUAUUUUUUUCCAUGUCCUCUAACUUAUCUCCAACUUUUCUUGUGGUCUACCAGACAGCCACUAGAGGGACUUCAGGGUGGUUAGGCGACUUUUUGAUGCUGACUUUAUACGCUGUGCAUGAGGACAACCAGCGUCACCCAAAACCUCAUAAGAAAGCAUUAUAAAAUGCAUGCGCUUUAGGUCCACCUUCCGGCUGCUGUUGGCAAGGGAGGAUUGAAGGCAGAGCCUGAACCAGCGCCGAGGAACAUCGGCCCUGGAAUCGGGUAAGUGGCAUAAGGGUUAUUUAACCCCUUCUGCACCAUAUAGACAUGAGGGAGGAAGCCCUAUAGGGAACUUUGUUUUCCUGGCACUAUAGUUUCGGUUUAAAGGGACACGCUAUGCAUGAGGACCUCAAGCGUUGCCGGAAUCCCCAUAGAAAACCAUUGAAUAAUGCUUUCCUAUGGAGAUGUCUCCCCCGCCAGCAGACGUCGUCGGGGAAGGAGAGUGGGCGGAUGCCUGACCCAGCGCCGAGGGACAUCGGUGCUGGAUUCAAGUAAGUGUCUGAAGGGGUUUUAACCCCUUCAGCAACAUGGGAUGGGGGCAGGAGGGAGGGGGGCACUCCAGGAUUCUCUAGUGCCAGGAAAACGGAUUUGUUUUCCUGACACUAGAGAAUCCCUUUAAGGUGGUAUUUUGGGAAAUUUCAUUACACAAAAUACAAGCAAAAUUCUUAUAGAUACCCAUAAGCCAUUUGACCUAUUUUUUUUUUUAAAACUAACCAUUUAUCCUGUACAGACCAGGGAUAUAUCAUUUCAUUUCAAAUCAUUUUUACCCUAACCCCAAUAUAAAAAAACAAAACAAAAAAAACCCCUUAUAUAAAUAAAUAAAAUAAUCUGUAAAAAUUACUUUUCACUUAUAAGUUUCACUGAUCAGUUUAUACACUAGACUGCUUUAAAUUCAUAUGUUGGCUUUGUGGCAAGUUUUCUUGACCUCUUUUCUGGGGAAGUUGAUUAUGGUUUUAUAAAAAUUCUUCAUAUGAAUAUAUUAGAAUGUGUCCGGGUUUUCCGAAAAUGUUUAUAGAUUUAUGUAUUUGUUUGCAGUUCUGCCAGUUGUAGCAUAGAUUAGACUGCAGUGCCCGCACGCUGGCUGUGCAUCAUGAGAUUCAUAGUCCACAGACAUCUGCAGUGCCACAGUUAGCUGUCAUUGGUUUACCUAAUUACUUAUGCUCUACAUACCGAACGCUACAUUCUGUUCAGGUGAAAUUUUCCCUUCGAGGCUCUAGUCCAUGUUUUAUUUGUUUUAUAUAUAUAUUUAUCUGCGUGUGCUGCAGCUCACUGAUCAAUGCCGUGUGUAAUUACAUUCACCGCCAUUCAACUUUGAAAAAUAAGCCGCAGCAUCAAAUCAGUUUUCACUUUUUUAAGCUUUAACUCUUUGAGCGCUCUGGAGAUUUAUUCAUUAAUCGCCGAACUGCAGUAAAUUGGAAACCAAAUUGCUACAUUUGGGCAUAAAAUUGUAGCUGAGCUGUAGCUGAAUUUUUUUUUUAAAUCAGCUUUUUUUAGCCUGUAUUUUGCAUCUGGUUUUCAAUUUAUUACAGUUCAGUGUUUGUACUUUUUUUUGUUUAAAUUAACACAAAAGAUUAAAUUUAAAAGGGACGAUAAAGUGUAUAGAAACAAGCCCAAAGCCCUCAUAUAUCCAAACUUGUAGAGCUGCAAAACACAUACUGUUUAGGAUCCAUACCUGUCAAGUGUCUCUAUUUAGGAGGGUCAGUCCCUAUUUUGGCAAAAAUCCCUCAGUCUCUUUUUUUAAUCCUAAUAUUCCUCUUUUCUAAGAGCUCCAUAUACCUGGUGUGUCUGAGUGUAUAACAGAGCUCCACAGCAAUAAUACUCCCAGUAAUAAGUCUUUAAACUACAAUAAAUGUGUUUGGGAAUCUGUCUGUGUUCCUGUUAUAAACUGCAUUUUAGUUGCAUAAAUUAUUAUUAGUAAGUCACCUAAAAGUUUUGAUAACAGCCCUGUCUCUGGCCGUACCCCUAAAAUUAAAGUCUCUUUAUCCAUUUGAAAUUUUGGGAGGUAUGAGAACCCAAAUUACUAACAUCUUAUAAUGACAUGAUCACGGCUGAGCAAGACCUGUUCAAGGCUUUUAUGACCAUGAAAAAAGUAUCCCGUUGAUUAUUUACACUGUAGGAAGUUUCAGGAACCAUAGUUUUAUGCAAUUCAUGGAAAAAAAUGUUUAAAAAGUUUAGACCUCAUAGGCACCUGGAAUAUAUAACUACAUAUCUGUUUGUUUGUUUUUUGUUUUUUUUAAUUAACAGAAAUGUGUGCUUUUUGCUUGAAACGAGUGCCAGGAAUUAUAAAUAUUUUUGGGUCUUCUGAAACUUCUGAAAUGUUUGUUAUGUAAUUGCUCCUUAGGAAAAAGUUGAGGUUUAACUAGUGGACCCUAUCUACUAAGCUGUGCAUUGUGUGCUUCUGAUUUUUAUACAGAUACGAGCACACAUUUUCGACUCAAUUAAUUUAAUGAGUAUUUCCUUUUGUUUUGAAGCACACUGAAAAAUGCACACCACUACAUGCAAUAUAAAAACUAGUGAAAAACUAUAAUGUUUCCACUAGUGUAUUACUACUUAUGAAUUACACAUCAAUGAGAUGCUAAUAUCAUGUGCAAAAUCAUGUUCUGAAUCUGUUCUGUUUUACCCCAACAUUAAUUAGAUCUCAAGACGUUCUAUCCUUAAUAGAUCCUAUAAAAUGUUUCUAUUGCAUAAUGUGAUUGCUUCAUAUUUAUUCAGGCUCGUGAAUAUUGAGAUUUAAGGCACACAAUAUUAAAAUUGACACAGGCCUGAUGUUGACCUGUUAUGUCAUACUAAGGCACAUUGCUUGUGUGUUUGGAACCGUUAGUUUAAUGUUUAACCAUCUCACUUUGUGCUGUCUUUGUUCCGAUAUCACUCCAGAGUUACUGCUUCCGGAUUCGUAAGAUUUUGGAGCCUUACAAACCGAAAUGGUGCAAGACUCAUGAAGACUGGUCUCUUUACAUAUUCUCGCCACAAAAUCAGUAAGGAACAAGAUCAAAACAAUUCAUUUUUCCAGGUUGUUAUAUACUUAAUAUAAAAAAAAAAAAGAGUUGAGUGGCCAUUAAUUAUUGUGUGGCCAAGUGAUGAGUUUAGAAAGCCUUUUUGCGUAGUUGGCUGAUGUAAUUCACCAACAUUUCACCUGUGUUCCUUCUCACUCUUGGAUGCUUAGUAACCUGACUGUAGCUAAAAAAUGGUGGUUUCUAGAUAGAUCCAAAGAGCCAAAUAAUCAUUAGAUGUUUUUGUGUCUUUGGUCAGGUUUCGUAUGAUGUGCCAGAAGGUCAUUGCUCACAAGAUGUUUGAUCAUGUGGUACUUGUUUUCAUCUUUCUAAAUUGCAUCACGAUUGCUCUGGAACGACCUGACAUUGACCCAAACAGUAUGGUAAGGCAUUUGGACGUCAUUAGUUUGUAUCACGAUAACACAACUGGAAGCGGAAUCUAAGCGAGAAAGAAAGAUUAUUUAUUUAUUUUUAGCAUUCAGCUUUAUUUUGAGAGAAUAGAUUGAGCUAUAGAAAUCAUAAAAUAAAGUGCAAGGUAAAACCAGAUUAUGUAACAGGUGAAAGACAAGAUGACAAUGACAAAUAAUAAAAAAAAAACACACAAGGACACACAGGAGUGAGAGGUCCAUGAAGCAGGGACCAAUAAAUGUAAUGUAAAAAGGUGAAAAUAUUUUUAUUAUUUUUAUUAUUGUUUGCUGUAUAAAGCAUUAAAAUAUGUGUUGUAAUAGCUUCCCCUGAGUUUCUGUUUAAUAAUGUUUAAAGGGAAAAGUAACUAAUAAAAAAUAUGGACUGUAUCAUUUACCCAGGAGUUUAUCUUUAAACAAUGUUUACAGGGAAAAAUAACUGAAGAACUUUGCAAAUCAGUUGUGUAAAUGGCAUUUUGAGAUCUUGCAGAGAUGACCUUGGAACUGGGUUAUCUUACUCCUGUUAUGAUAUGUUUGUUCAAGGUUCUGGUAAUGUAAAACCGUCUCUGAGAGUUGUUCUAGUUCUCCAUCUAUUUUAAGAUAAUUUUCUCUUUUUAUAUUUGUCCAGGAAAGGAUAUUUUUGAGUGUUUCGAACUACAUUUUUACAGCAAUCUUUGUUGUGGAAAUGACCAUCAAGGUAAUGCAAUCACGAUUUGUACUUUGACUUCACUUUCAUUUUUUUAAUCAUUGUCACCCCUUUUCAUUGCGUUGCUCUAUCCCUUAUCAUUCCCCUCUUGAACCCUUCUCUAACUAUUAUGAUUUCAACUCACAACCAAAUUAUCAUGUGCCUUUUCCAACCAUCAUUUCAUCUCUGCACCUAAUAAAUUUUACAUGUCACACUCUCUUUUUUGCCUCUCUGUUACUUGUCUUUUGAUGUCUCAACACCAUAUAUUUUGGUACAAUUUCACCUCUCCAGCCUUUAUUGUUUUAACUUUUUACCAGUUGUCAUUUCACUUCGUAAUCCCUUUUAAUUUCACCUCUCCACCUCUAACUGUUUCACCUAUCCAUUCUUUAUCUUUGAUUGAUAAUGAAAUGGCCAAAUACUGUUUCUAAAUUACAAUGAAAAAUGUUUUCUCUUGUCACAUAAUUCCUCUGAUUUUGGUCACAGGUGGUGGCUCUUGGGUUUUUCUCUGGGGAGAAUGCUUACCUACAGAGCAGCUGGAAUGUCCUGGAUGGAAUCCUGGUCUUUGUUUCCAUCAUCGAUAUCAUCGUGUCUCUGGCAUCGGCUGGAGGAGCCAAAAUCCUGGGCAUCUUGAGAGUCUUGAGGCUGCUGCGUACCCUACGUCCCCUACGGUAUUAAUGCACUAUUUUAGCUCUCUUUAUUGGUGUGUGGCUCUCCCCCCUUAAAGGAUCACUAUAGGGUCAGGAACACAGACAUGUGUUCCUGACCCUAUAGUGUUAAUGCCACCAUCUAGCCCCCCUGGGCCCCUCAUGCCUCCAUAAAUAUAAUAAAAAUCUUACUGUAUUCAAGCCUGAAGCUGUAAAUCUGCAUGCUGUUAGACUCAGAAAAACAAGCAGGCUGCUGACAUGUGAUAGCCUGAUCCAAUCACAGUGCUUCCCCAUAGGAUUGGCUGAGACUGACAAGGAGGCAGAUCAGGGGCAGAGCCAGCAUGAUUCAAACACAGCCCUGGCCAAUCAGCGUCUCCUCAUACAGAUGAAUUGAAUAAAUGAAUCUCUAUGAGGAAAGUUCAGUGUCUGCAUGCAGAGGGAGGAGAUACUGAAUCACAGGAUGCUGUGCACAGUGCUGCCCUGUGCCCUGCCGACAGUAGAUCUGAGUAGAUGGAGGCAUAUUAUGCCUCCAUCAUCUCCAAAGUCCCUCUGGUUCACUCUGAGUGACUGCAACUGGAGGUGUUCCUCCAGCUUUCAAUGUAAACACUGUAUUUUCUCAGAAAAUACAGUGUUUACAUGAGAAAGGCUGCAGAGAGCUAUAGUUCUCACCUGAACAACCUCAUUAAGCUGAAGUUGUUCAGGUGACUAUAGUGUCCCUUUAAUAAUGUAGGAACAGAUAAACUGUGGGUUGUCCAUAAGGAUACAUUUUGGGGCAAAGGUGUAAAGCAGGAGAUAUAGGCAGGAAAUUUCCACAGGCUUCCAUGGCAAGUCUUCUGCUUUUAGGACUUUACCCAAGAACUGCUCUUGAUAUCCACAAGUGUGACACUCAUAUAGAUUUAUGGUGCUCAGGGCAACUUUAUUAAUUAAUUAUUAUUAAUUUUUUUUUUUUAAUAUAUUUUAUUUAUAAUUGUUUUUUUAUAACGGUAGGGAUAUAUUGAGAUUUGUCUCAUCUCAUCAAGUAUGUCUUAGAGAGCAUAUAAAAUACAACGUUGCACAAAUAAUAGGACACCUAUAUACUACAAUUAUAGAUACUGUAGAAUAUUGCAUAUUCUAUGUUUCUAUUGAUUAUAUAUGGAUGUGUGGAUUGACAUAAGUAACAGAUGGUAUAAGUCACAAGGCUUUCUUUGUCCGAGAGCUCUGGGAUGUGGAUUUGGGGUUUUUGACCUUAUAGGGCUAGAGUUAUAGUCUGACGUCAUUAUGGCACUUCUAUAUAGUAACUGAACAGAGGGACACGAGGUCGCUCUCUCUCUUGGCUCUUGGCUCUUGGCUCUCUCUGGCUCUCUCUCUCGAUGUAAAGAUGUAAGGAUGUAAAGAAGUCCAGCAAUUACCAUCGGCCGUUGAAUGUCCAUUAUCCUGUAACAUCAUUUAUUGUUUUAUUAUGUAUCCGUAACUAAGAAUAAACCUGAAGAAACCGUAAGUCAGAUUGCGUAUUAGUACUUUUCAAUAAUAUAGACAUAUAUUAUUGUGGCGAGCAUUUGGCCCAAGACUAUAUAUACAAAAGACGUAUAUAUAUCAAUCAACUGAAGACAAGAAGAAAUUAAGAAGCUUUAACAGUGAUCAAUCUCAACCAGAUUUUACAGAUACAUUACACAUGCAAAACAAUUGUAAAUUAAUAAUCAGUACAAUGUUUUGUUUUUGAAUGAGGGUAGAAGGAUACAGAUUGUUUUCAGGGACUUGAGACUGGUGGCAAAUUUGAUUUCCUUUGCCAGGUUAUCCUUGUAUGUGGAACUCUAUAAGAGAAAGCUUCUCUACCGAACCUUCUUUUCGAGGUGAAGAACGGAAAGUAAAGAGCAGAAAGUAAAGUGGAGGAUAUAGGGUGUUGAGGCAGCAGGAUUGAGCAUACUGCUCAGCUAGUGUGAGAGGAUUCCAAAUAUAAAGCAGACAAAAAAGGUGAAGAUUGCAUUAGUAUUUAAGAGUUGUCCAAUUAAGUAGUUUCUACAUACCUUUAAUGAAGGAUACUGUAGUUACUUUGGAAACAGUGCAAAAUGGAAACACAGGAAGGUAAUAGAGUGAUGUAAUUGUCCGUAAAGGGGGCAGGUCCACUCGAAUUAUCAACCCAAUGAGGGCAGACCCUGCUGUAAGCUCUGUUCAUUGCUUUCUGCAGGGUCCUAAUACCCUGAUGCACUCCCGUUAGGCUUGUUGGGGACAGCUCCCUGCUGUUCCCAAAGAUGGAACACCAGGGAACAAAGGUGGGGUGGAAGAAUAGGACCUGAAAAUCGGGACUGUCACACUAAAAUUGGGAUGGAUGAGAGGCAUGAAAGCGACAUAAGAGUUAUAAAGAGUGUUACAUUUAGUGAGAAAUUUUUGUAUCUAUUACAUCCCUAUAGUCGAGGACUGGCAUUAACAUUUCAGACACAAUCUAGAGCGCCAGUUUUGAGAUAACAUUUGGAGGACUGUUGUUCAAUAUGUAAGCCAAUUGACAGAUUGGGAUCUAACCACAUACCAGGAUAUUUAUAGGAUCUGACAGUGACCAGGUAACAGUUAGAUUUGUCGUAAUGCAUAUUUUGGGAUUAGUUAGUUUAAGCAAUUUAUGCUUUAUUUUGAAUUCCAUUGCAAAUAUUUUGGCAGUAUUUAAGGAAAGCUUAUUUUUAGUACACCAUCUUUCAACUUCUGCAAAAUCAUCCAGUAACACGGCUUCAAGUUGUGAAAAGUUUGCGUUACUUGCAUAGAUUCUUGUGUCAUCUGCAUACAUGUGCACAAGUGAUGCCCUUCACCCGUGGAAAAGUGAUUAAUAAAUAUGGAGAAUAGAAUGGAGCCAAGAAUUGAACCUUGGAGGACUCCACAUAUAACUUUGAUGGAGUGGGAGACACUGUGGGCGAUGGACACAAAUUUAGCCUUUUUCAGAAAAGUACAACAAAUACCACUAAAGAGGCUGAUCACCUGUAUUUUAAACUGUAGGUUUAUUUUGUAAGAUUGCAUGGUCAACCAUAUCUGCCCUUGUCAAAAUAAAGGCUAAUGGCUUGACUAUCCCAUAAGAUAAUCCAUUAUUACUUUACUUUUAUGUCAUGGACUUGUGACGUUCUACAGUUGCAAGAAAAAGUAUGUGAACCCUUUGGAAUGAUAUGGAUUUCUGCACAAAGUGGUCAUAAAAUGUGAUCUGAUCAUCAUCUAAGUCACAACAAUAGACAAUCACAGUCUGCUUAAACUAAUAACACACAAAGAAUGAAAUGUUGCCAUGUUUUUAUUGAACACACCAUGUAAACAUUCACAGUGCAGGUGGAAAAAGUAUGUGAACCCCUAGACUAAUGACAUCUCCAAGAGCUAAUUGGAGUGAGAUGUCAGCCAACUGGAGUUCAAUCAAUGAGAUGAGAUUGGAGGUGUUGGUUACAGCUGCCCUGCCCUAUAAAAAACACAUACCAGUUCUGGGUUUGCUUUUCACAAGAAGCAUUGCCUGAUGUAAAUGAUGUCUCGCACAAAAGAGCUCUCAGAAGACCUACAAUUAAGAAUUGUUGACUUGCAUAAAGUUGGAAAGGGUUCUAAAAGUAUCUCCAAAAGCCUUGCUGUUCAUCAGUCCACGGUAAGACAAAUUGUCUAUAAAUGGAGAAAGUUCAGCACUGCUGCUACUCUCCCUAGGAGUGGCCAUCCUGUAAAGAUGACUGCAAGAGCACAGCGCAGACUGCUCAAUGAGGUGAAGAAGAAUCCUAGAGUGUCAGCUAAAGACUUACAAAAGUCACUGGCAAAUGCUAACAUCCCUGUUAGCGAAUCUACAAUACGUAAAACACUAAACAAGAAUGGAUUUCAUGGGAGGAUACAACAGAGGAAGCCACUGCUGUCCAAACAAAACAUUGCUGCACAUUUACAGUUUGCACAAGAGCACCUGGAUGUUCCACAACAGUACUGGCAAAAUAUUCUGUGGACAGAUGAAACCAAAGUUGAGUUGUUUGGAAGAAACACACAACACUAUGUGUGGCGAAAAAAAGGCACAGCACACCAACAUCAAAACCUCAUCCCAACUGUAAAGUAUGGUGGUGGGGGCAUCAUGGUUUGGGGCUGCUUUGCUGCAUCAGGGCCUGGAUGGAUUGCUAUCAUCGAAGAAAAAAUGAAUUCCCAAGUUUAUCAAGACAUUUUUCAGGAGAACUUAAGGCCAUCUGUCUACCAGCCGAAGCUCAACAGAAGAUGGGUGUUGCAACAGGACAAUGACCCAAAGCAUAGAAGUAAACCAGACAUCCCAAGAAUAUUGCUGAACUGAAACAGUUCUGUAAAGAGUAAUGGUCAAGAAUUACUCCUGACCGCUGUGCAUGUCUGAUCUGCAACUACAGGAAACGUUUGGUUGAAGUUAUUGCUGCCAAAGGAGGUUCAACCAGUUAUUAAAUCCAAGGGUUCACAUACUUUUUCCACCUGCACUGUGAAUGUUUACAUGGUGUGUUCAAUAAAAACAUGGCAACAUUUCAUUCUUUGUGUGUUAUUAGUUUAAGCAGACUGUGAUUGUCUAUUGUUGUGACUUAGAUGAUGAUCAGAUCACAUUUUAUGACCAAUUUGUGCAGAAAUCCAUAUCAUUCCAAAGGGUUCACAUACUUUUUCUUGCAACUGUAUAUAUAUAUAUAUAUAUAUAUAUAUAUAUAUAAUGCGAAUAUUGAUUAUCCAAACAGGAACUGAUGGAUUGAGUUGUUCUAUUGAAUACAACUUGCCAACAGAGAGAUACGUUGUUAAUUCCUGUUAAUGAAGUAAGGCAGGAAUAUAUUUCACCAUACUGCUUUUCCAUUACAAGCAAAGAGUCAGGUGCAUUUACCGGUAUUUCUGAUUGUGAAUGACAGUUUUCCUGUCCUCCGUGUCAUUUACAAUCCGCACUGGUCUUGUGCACAACUUCUUUCCUAUUUAGAGUCAGACAUAAACUGUCAUAUUAUACACCACUUAGCAUUACACUGUCUUGGUUCCACUGUCUUGGUAAGACGGAACUCAGAACACCCAGUUUUUGUUUAUCUGCAGCCAUGUAGUUGGCAGUUGUUAGCUGCUAAAUUACAUGUUGUAAUGCAGGUUAUGACAUCCUGUAGGACAAGUAUUACUGUUAGAUUACACCAAAUACCGCCUAAGAAAAACAACUUGUUUUUUUUUCUUUCUUAAACAGUAAGUGGUGACUUUGAUAAAUUAACAUUAUAUCAAAGUGCAAUAACAUUAUUUUUCAUAUCCUGCUGGCAUUUUGGGAAUAUGAUUUUCCAAAAAGAGUGUCAGAUCAUUAUUAUUUAGAUUGUUUGUUUGUUUGUUUUUUAAAUAAUAUUUGCCCUUUAUAUUUUUUCUGACCUUAAUAGUGGGAAGGCAAAACAAUAUAUACCAAACAUUCUUGCUUAUUUAAAAAAAAAAAAAAAAAAACCCUGUCCUAUUUUUCUUUGUAGUAUGAACAAAUUGAAAACAAAAAAAUAUAUAUAAUAUUUGUGGCGUAUGCUGAACAGCAGUCUAUAAGUGCAGUUGCUGUUUUGUCCUAAUUUCGUCUGCUAGCUAUGCAUCCCAUAUUUCAAAUAAAGGUUAUGUUCAAUGGAACAUGCACGGUUUAAAUCACAAGCAAUAGUGGUAAAUGGAACACAACCUCUUUCCAUUAAACCAUUUAAACCUUUGUGAACUAUGUAAUUUGAUUGGUUAUUUUUAUGUUUAGAAACAGCUGUGUGCUUUAUUAGAUGGGCCUCUGGGGUUGUUCUUUCCAAACACCUUCUCUGUUUUUUCAAUGUAUUUAUUUUUUUGCCUUGUUUCAUUAUUGUAAAGAAAGCGUUUUCUAUUUUGGAUGUCCCGAUUUCAGCGAGUUGAAACAUGCAUUUUGUAUUUUGUUCUUACCCGGCUGUGGUUUCAUUAGGGAUGUAAGUGAUGAUCAAGAAUUAAACUGGCAGAAAAUAAAAGCACUGCAAUUGUUCUGUGACCUCUUGACUCCCAAAAGGUAGUUUCAGGGUCUGUUCUCAAUGUUUGUUCGCAAACAGAUUCUUCAAAUCCGUAGAGAAUAUCAGCAGUUCAAGGCAGAUACACAUUCUACACAAAACGCAUUCUACAAAACAAAUUCACACACGUUGUUACUGCAGUACACGAACAUUCCUGUAAUAAACAGAACGCAAGCCUUUUCUUUAUUUGGGUAAAAAAAAAAGCACUUCCACUCCUUGCAAUUCACAUGCAGCAGUUUGAACUAUAAUCCCAAAUCACAGAGCACAUGUGUGUUUGGAAUUUGGGAUCUCUUUUGGUCUGUAUUCGAAAUUCUGGUUUGUUUACUAAUCCACAAAUUCAAUUAGUGAAAAUUCACCAGGGGCUAUUAAGUGUUAGGCCAAAAUAGCUGAUUGGAAAAAUUGUCCAAGUCAGUUUUUUGGCUUUGCUACUGGUUAAUAUUUGUCAAUAUUUUAAAUUUCCCAGGACAGCUCAAGGUUUAGUGAAUAACUAUAUGAUUCCCGAGUGUAUGCCCUCUGUCAGGUGUGAUGCCACAAUGUUCCCCGGGGUUUUUAAGUUUAUGAAGAAUGUAGUCCCCCAGAGUUUGGAACUAGCGAUGUUAUGCCUUAAAGUCUGCCUUGUCCACAAUCUGGCGGAAUAACUAUUAUCCGAUGUGGUAUAUCUAUAAUUAUUUUCAAUGGCCAACUUAUUCCGCAGUGCUUUACAAUAUUAGAAAGGUGGAAAUGUAACAAUAAAUGAGACAAUUACAAAUUGUUAAAGGAACAAUAGGUUGAUAAGGACUCUGCUCAAAAGAACUUACAAUCUAGAGGAUUUCUUUAGCAUCCAAUCACAUUACCAAGUAAAAUCACUGCUUAACAGAACCACAAAUCUCUUUAUUUAUAUUGUUGUGGUAACGAUGGAACUUGCAUUAUAUAAGUCUCAAUUAAUUAAAAUUCAAUUCUAAAAUUAGUGUGGGAUUUACUCUCAAUAACUGAAAUUCAUAUUGCGCGAGCAUGACAUUUUUUCCAUCUCCCGUCAUGAACUCACCAUUUUUGCGAAUAAACCACUUAUUUAGCAUUCCGUCAAGUUUUACUGUGGCAGUUUCAGCCAAAAUAUUGUCCUACAAAAUAUAUGUAAUGUUUACAAUCUUUAAGGAAACUUUUUAUGUGUCGGACGUCGGACUAUGACGGUUGUAUUUAUAACUCAUCUUCAGACUACUCAUCACUGUUAUUCUUCUGUUGGUUACAGAGUUAUCAGCAGAGCGCCAGGCCUCAAACUGGUGGUAGAGACUUUAAUUUCUUCACUCCGACCCAUUGGAAAUAUCGUCCUGAUCUGUUGCGCUUUCUUCAUCAUCUUUGGUAUUUUGGGAGUACAGGUAAGGGUUGGGGGAACUUGUUGCAGUUUCAGUAAAACAGUAGUUGAUACAUGUUUAACUAGGAUAAGUGUUACCAUGAACAUCAGUCUUACGAUGCCCAUCAAACAACUCAUUAAAGGUUAGAAAUGUAGCUUGCUGGGGUAAAAAGUGAAAUCCGUCUGUUUUGUUGUUUCUAAUGUGCUUAUAUUCUUUACAAGUAAACUAAGGGAUUAUCAUCAUAGUUACUUCUAUUGAAAUGGCUUUGAUGAGGACACAUCAGAAUUGUUUAGUUUACUUUUAAUAAAAAAGUUAACAUGCAGAUGUUUCUUUUAACACCAAACCACCCCAGCCCAAAUCUUGCUCAGCAUGAUAGAAGUUAUAGUCCAACAGGGACAGACAAUAUCAAGUCAUGCAGUGGCUUGUUUUUUUUUUUUCUACAAUCGUACCUUGGAAGGGCAGAGGUCAAAAACUAGAAUUGUGUAGUGUUUUUAGAGCACAAGUGCCCAAAAGGUAGGUGCCCAGAUCUUGUGGAACUACAACUCCCAUGAUGCCUUGCAUUCCUUUAGAAUGUUUUUAGAAUGACAAAGCAUCAUGGACGUUUUAGUUUUAAAACAUCUGAGGAUUUACCUUUUGGGCACUGCUGUGUUAGAGGGUUAGAUUGUAUGACAGCUGUGUGUGUGAAGCAUCUUGGGUUAGCAUUUUGUGUUGUGGCUCCAGAUGCAAAUGCUGGACAAAAUUGAUUGGCAGCCAGGAGUUAGUAUCCCAGUUGCUGAUUCACAGCCCAUAGAUGCAGCACUACACACACAAAAAAUGAAAAUUUAUUUGUCUCCAGAAUUAAACAUUUUUAAAAGAAAGGGUGCAGGUUUUUGCACCACAACCACUUCAGAGAUUAAUAACCCUUUAAAUACACAGGCUUGGCAUUCCAUACAAAUUAACUUACUUUUCCCAUGAUCCCCUGGCACAAUUUAAUUGUUUGGGCAUGGUUUUGGUGGGUUUUCCUGUACUGAGUCCUUUUAAACCCCAAAAUUGUUGAUUGGGGAAAAUAAAUAUUCAGGGGGCACCAAAUAUUAUACUACAAGGGGAAUAGAGAUAUUUCUUUCCUUACAAAAAAAAUUAAAAUUCCUUAUUACAAUAUCUGACUCCAAAAAAGACAUUUAGAGUCGUUUCUCAGUAAGUAUGGGCUUUGCAGAAUGUAUAAACCAAGGAUGAAUGACAGAGAUGGAUAAUUACAUUGCUUCACAUUCUCAAACACACUCUUCAUGUUUUUGAGAGGUGGAACAGGACCUUUAAUUAUCAUUUCUGCUUCCUGGGACCAUUAUGGACUUUUCCAUCCCCCUUUCAGUGUUCCAAUUAUCUCUCCUUCACAGACUCGUAAUUAAUUGAAUUUAUGGACUUACCCUUGUGCCGUGUCAGCCUCUCAUUAACAUAUGAAUAUCUAGAGACCUCAUGCCCAUAUUUGUUCGUUGAUCAAUUGUGGUUUAUGCUGAGUGGAGGAGGAGUCACUUGAGAUAAAUUAGAAAUGUGGGUGUUUUUAAUUGCACUGGCUAUUUGGCUGACCCAAAGAAUUAAUGAUUGUUUUUUGUUUUUUUAGCUUUUCAAAGGGAAGUUUUAUUACUGUGAGGGUCUGGAAACUCGUAAUAUCACAAACAGAUCAGAAUGCAACCGAGCGCGUUACAAAUGGGUACGGAGGAAGUACAACUUUGACAAUUUGGGGCAGGUAGGUCAUAUGAUGCUGGUUUUACCCUCAAUUCUUUUUCAGAUGAUCAAAAAACAAAAAGUUCCUAAAUUCUACUUGCAGAACAUGAUAAAAUAAUAUUGCCAUCAGAAAAUGUGUAUUGACUAUCAAAUUGGUGCUCAAAUUGAAAUCCCUUGGGCUUUGUUGCCACGGUUUGUGAUCAAUGACACAAUUAUUGAAGCGAUAUUAAAGACAUCCACACACAUUUCAUACAAACGUUUGGUGCAAUGUGAAAAUCAGGUUACACUUUCUAUUUUAUUAAUCUUGUAUUCUUUUUCUUUCAUUUAAAUAGUAACUAGUUUUACUUUAUAAUCCCACCCUUUCUCCAUACAUUUUAAUGAUUCAUCUAUAUUAUACAUUUAGAAAGAAUGGGUCAACUUUGACAAAAAGUUGUCUAAUGCCAACCGUAGGAUGGGGAUCUUGUAGUAAUUCCUCCGCAGGCUACAUCCGUACUUGACAAAUUGUAUUUAGCAAAUAAACCAAAAACACAUCACAUUUAUCAACACAUUUAGUUCUAUUUUUUUUUUUAUUGCAAUGCACAUCGUUUGCCCAGUUCCCAAUUAAUUUUCUAUUUCAGCACAGUCGGGCACAAUGAGAUUUGUGACAAUACAUAUCAAUUAGAUACUAAUAAUAUUAUGCGUGUUCCUGUCUUUUCUUAGGCUCUGAUGUCACUGUUUGUUCUGUCGUCCAAAGAUGGCUGGGUAAAUAUUAUGUACGAUGGUCUGGAUGCUGUUGCCACAGAUAUUCAGGUAUAAAACAUCUCUUUUGCGUCCUAGUUUUCAUUAGAGUAAUUUGCAGUCUUGUGGUGCCUCCAAUACAACAUCAUUUCAGUGGGAUGAGACAGUGGGAUGUUAAAUUGACUGUAGUCUUUGUUGUAGCUGCUCAAACCUAUUCUAAAGAACUUAUGAAUUCCAAAAAAGGAGGACUAAGUCACUAAUCAACCUCUGAGAGCCCUCUCUAAGGAGUCAGUCAUCUUCAUAAAUGGGGUUUAGUAAUAAAUUCUGAUCUUUAAUAUCUGGGCAGGGUAAGAAGUCAGGGAUUUUAAAAACAAUACUGUAGUAAGUAGUAGAAUGACGUAUCAUUCAAGCCAUUAAGACUUUGUGAAAACAUUAACAGGGAGCUUUUAAACUUGCAUUGUUUGUUGCAUUCUGCACAUAUUGUACUGGGUUUUACUCUGAAUUCAGAAAGCAUUGUAAACUCCAACUCAUAUUUUUUUGAGGAAUUUCACUUGCCCUAACAGGGAGCAACACAGGAAAUGGUCAAAAUCAGUCAUUAUUCAAUCGUAUGCGAAUUUGGGAGAGAAAACACCAACAACCAUUUUCAAUUAUUGACUGAUCAUUUUAUGAGUGUAUUCAGCAACUAGUGAUGGGGAGAAUUCACAAGGGAAAUGUAUUGUUGGGAAUAACAGCUCUUUAGGGGCCAUUUUCAAACCGUGCUAUUUUGAUGUCAAUUUAGAAAAUCUCUUUACAGAUUUCCACAAUUCAUUGUAAGUCAGAGGCAUUUGUAAAUCGAAUUUGCAAAUUUUUGGGCAAAAUAGCUGAAUUAAGAAAAAUUCUGCUAUUUUUUUCAGCUCACCUACUUUGCUCUAUAAAAAGGUAUUUCCCACAAUGCUCAGCCAGACUACAGGGUAGCCAAGCAUUACGGGAAUAUGGUUCCAAGGUUAGCGAUAACUGUGCUAGAUUGUGUGUAGAUGUUACAUUGUGUUCUUAUAUUAUUUCAAAUUAGCUUUCAUCUGUCUCACUUCUGUAUAAAUUGGUUCACUGACAAGUAUGGAGAGGGGGUCAGCAUUAAUGUGUUCAGUGAAGCACUGGGAGGAGAUAAUAGGCUCACUAUCCUUUAACAGACAGGUUCUAGCCGUGUUUCUUCAUAUGUAUUCUUACUUUUCUGUUGCAGCCAGUUCGCAAUCACAACCCAUGGAUGUUACUUUAUUUCAUCUCCUUCCUCCUCAUCGUAAGCUUCUUCGUCCUCAACAUGUUUGUUGGCGUGGUAGUCGAGAAUUUUCACAAGUGUCGUCAACACCAAGAAGCCGAGGAAGCCCGUCGCCGAGAAGAAAAACGUCUCCGUCGACUGGAAAAAAAGCGCAGGAGUAAGGCGUUCUAUAUGUCUGGUCGGUAGACUGUUUAUAAAGGAAUCUUUCUGAGCCUUGCCUGCUGCCAAAGCAUAGCAACGUCCUGUUUUAGACAAAUGUAGAGAAGUAGAUCGAUUUUGAGAGGGUAACGGCGCAACAGGUCACUUGGUAAAGCAACAUGUUGGCCACAAAAGUGAGGCAACUUAAAAACAAGUGCUGUAUUUUUGCCAUUUGGGUCAUGAUAUUUUGUGGCAUUUCGGAAAACUGUUACAAGAUUUUUGUUUAUUUAAACAAAUAAAUAUUGUUACAUUUUUCACCUGUAAAAAAAAGACAUUAUCUAUGUUAGUUCGUCUAUUUGUUUGUCAUCGUUUUUCUGUCUGUCUAUUUGUCUAUAUAUGUCAAUCAAUUUAUUAUACAUAUUUCAUAGGUUUGUACGUGUUUGUGUUUUGUCAUUGAUUGUGUCUAAUCCUAUGGAACAAUAUUGGCAACUAAAAGCCAUUUAUCUGUCACAAUCAGUUUGUUUUUAUUUAGGUAUAUGUUUUAUUUGUUUGCUUGUUUUUUAUUAAAACAUACCAGUCCUGUCAUUAUAAAUCUAUCCAAGUGCUUGGUGCAAAUGAACAUUUUCUUUUGUGUUCUCAUGUACAGCAUUUGUUGAAUGUGCGUUUGUCUUUGUUUAGACUUGUGAAUGCUUUCUUUUGUUAUAUGUCUGGGAGAUUUGUAACCACCACAAAAUAUCUGAGGUAAAAUGCAGAAACACAGCAAAUUGUGUCAUUCUAAACAGUGCGUCACUUGUGCUGUCCGAUGGCUGGCCUCCAUUGUGUUGCCUUUUUCCUCUCAAACCGCCUGUAGUGCAAUUAGAGCCUGUGAUGACAACGCAUGUCCCUGCAUGCAAAGCCUAGGCUGCAUGAGGAGCACAGGCCGAGCAGAGAACCGGAAUACGCUGAGUCCAUACAGGAAAAUGGAUGAGAAUUAAAAUAUAGAAUACAUCUGUUUCUUUAGCUAAGAUAUAAUUACAAUUAAAUAAUACAAACGCAAAUACUCAAAAUUACUGAUGGCAAAUUUGUCAAGUUGUUUGGCUUGACUUAGGUCAAAGCGAGCAACAAUAAUAUCACCGUGGCAAUGCUGUGUACAACUAUAUUUAGUAGAGGCAGCCAUUUUGAAAGUUUGACCUGCAUUACUCAUUCCCAUUUUAGUCCAUUUUGUCGGAAACGUGUUCACAUUUUGUUUGUGGAUCUUGACAAACUGGUAAAUGAAAGCUUUUGUUCCUCGGGACGUCUUUGAGGAAUGUUUUGAAUCGUCCCGUAUUUCUCUCUGUAAUUUAAUCCUACCACGAUAGUCUGCUAACAUAAAAUUGACACAAACUGCUUAAAUGUGUUCUCAGGAAAGGGAUACAGGAUAUUGCGGAGGAGUAAGUUAACUGAAACACAUAUGUUAAGAAAUAAUUCAGUGUCAUGUUUUUUUUUUGUCUUUUUCUUGUUUUAUGAUUUGCAGAGAAUAGAAAAUUAAGGAACUUUUUUAUUUUUUAAUUUACCUUUUGCAAACACCAAUGAUUCCCACAGUUACCAGACAAUGGGGAAACGGUGGUAUUCUAGCAUGUGUAGUGCAAAUUAGUUAAUAUUUGAAAUGCAUUAAAGAACACCUGUCAAAUAUUCUGACAGUGAUGUUGCCAAUUCAUUACUGCUCUUUUAUUAUGCUGGUUUCACCCCUCCCCCUCAGGCUGAUAGAAUACAGUCAUAAAGUUUGAUAUGCAAAAGUUGCUGUAGAAUGUGGGGCUAAUUAGGGAUGUAAAAAUCUAGGGUACAUAUCUAAUCUUUCUUCCACACUAUAAUGUCAUAGUUUUGUGUGAUAACCAAAUGUCACAGUUUUGUGUGAUAACCAAAUGGAUUUCCAGUGCAAUGUAUUCUAGGAAAUAUUGGGAGAUAUCUGUAAAAAGCAAUUGUUUAGCAAACUGCUAGAAUUAGGUAUCUGGGACCCAUGAUUGAGAUUUUUAUUUUUCGCUUUGGCAGAUAUUUCCACUUUAAAAUCAUUGCCAAUCGUUCUUUUAAAAAAAAAACAAAAAAAAACCCAACAUGUAAGUCCCAAGUGCUAGAAACAGGAAAUAUCAGUUGAUACUUGGAAAACGUAAUAAAAAAAAGCUAAACAGUUUUAAAUAUGAUGGCACAGCAGGGAGGCACGUAUUAAAGAUUAAAGAUGGAUUGUGUAGUUGCUGUUGGUAUUGGAUAUGUAUAUAUAAACUUUAUUUUUAUUGUAUAGUUGGUUUCCAUGUAUAGUAACGUUGAAAAUAGUCUAUAAACUAGACUGUUUCUGUGAGAUUGUAGAUUGUCUAGGGAAAAGAUUUCGUUUACGGAAGGGAAGGUUAAGACGUAAUGGGAUCGGACCUAUGCUUCUGCAGAUAUAUGCCUGGGGAAUGCCUAAAAAAGUAGCAAUCUGGGUUUAUUCCAUCUCGCAAACUAGAAUAUCUACCAAUCAAGGCAACUUAUCCCUAAUAUACUGCAAAGGUCCCUGGUCAAAUAACUGCUUUAAACUCCUUUAAAGGUCUGAUUUUAAGUUACAAUUGGACUGGAGUGUCUAAGUAAAACGAGGAUUGGAGACUUGAUCGUUUCUGUAUUGUUCCCUCAACACGUUUCUACAUCGGCAGAAUAUUAAUGUUUUAUCUGCCCUUUAAAAGUGAAUGUUCUGGUUGUCACUAUAAAUAAACAGGCACUGAUACUUCAGCUGAUGAGGACUAUAAAUUGUUUAUUCACUCAAAAGAGAGUCAUCGCAAGCUGCCAAUAAACUUAGAAAACAUAAGCAAAAAUUACCAAUAAAUUAAGAAAUAUGUAUCUUGCAUACAUAAUUUGAAAUAAUAUGCUACUAGCCAGGCUUAAGAGACACUUGUCAAUGCACAGCUCUUUCUACUAUGUGAUCUCUGAUCAGACAGUGUAGUAGAAUAUGCAAAGGCUUUUCUGUAACAUGACAUUUGACAUUAAAAGUUAAUCAUAGUGACGAUAAGAUACCAACACAUACCAACAUGAUAACCACAAAUGAUUAACUUUGCUGUGAUUAAUGGUUAUCUUUGCACGUCUAGAUAUAUAUUAGAAGGAGGAACUUGCUUGAGAUCUCUCGCCCUUAUAAAUGUGUCAGACUGUCAGGGAGUGUGCGGGCUGUUUGUCUUAGUAGACAAACAGUGUUUUGAACAUUCUUUCUACACAUAAUACAGUAAACGUUAAAUCGUGAGUAAUGCUCAUGGACCCAACUUUCAACCCACGUUCCACCUUCCACAUUAGCAUCUUAAAUGGUAUUCAUUGGCGGAGAGUGUCAUCUGACUUGCUCAACCAAUAUAUUAUUUCCAAAGUUGAACCAAAUCGACAUAUUGGCAGAUGGGAGACUUCUACUCUAGCGAUACCUAAAAGAGGGUCCAGACUACAGGCGCUCAAAGAACCUAGGCUAGUGCCAAGCCAUUCACAAAUAGUUCGACCCUUAAGAAUGGGAUGGUGCCACGGAAUGCUCCCUUUAAAUAUAUGCGGUUCUUUGCCAUUUUUCAGCAUGCUUUUUGUGGCAAUUCCAGACAUAAUGAUUCCAAAAAUCAUUAUUAUGUCUUCACAUUUUUUUAUUUUUUUUCCCUGUUUUACUUAAGCUUUGAUUUGUUUUAUAACCUCCUGUCGUUAAUUGCCUUUUAUAAAAUGCCAGGGUCUAUUCCUUGACUCUUUGACUGUUAGGAGUGACUCCCUCUGCUUCCGCCUCUGUCCACACAAUAGAAUUAUUUAUACAGAUCUUAUGAUCCUCCCAUCUUUCCUUCUUCCCUCAUUUGCUUUGAUUACGCUAUAUCAUUAAUCAAGGCUUUAAAUGCUCUGCAUCAUCAUAACUCUCUUCUCAGUGUUUAGAACUACUUAAAAAACAACAACAUACCACUAAACGUAUAACACUAGCUAAAAGUACAACGCUAUGUAAACGUAUAGAACUAGCUAAAUGUAUAACACUAGUUAGACGUAUAAACUAGCUACGAACUCCAAUACAUUUACUAAACUUCUUCAUAGUCCAAAGUCCGAAGAAUCCCAGACAAUUUCUUGGUUGAUAUAGUGAUUUGUGGUUACAACGACAGUUGUUCUUUAUGUAAAUUUGUUCUAUUCUUUCUAUUCAUACUGUCAAGAUUUUUUUUUUUUUUUUGCUAGAUGGGUUUUUUAUAGGCUGUAUAAAUAUAUUUCUUAGAAUGCUUCACAAUGAGCUGGAUACUUGGCUAUUUAGUAGCAACUAUUAGAAGAAAAAAAUACAUUGCGUGCAGAUGCUCUAUGUAAACCGAAAAAAACAGAUACGAGAAAAACCACAAUUGUGCGCUGAUAACUAACAAAAACAUCGAUUUCAUUAUUCUCAUCUUAAAUACAUUUUAGAACUUCAUUGUGCUAAUUUGGGACAAGUACAAGCAGCUAUCAUAACAAGGACGCCAAAAACUAGCUCGUUAACUGUUGCCUAACUAUGUAUCCCACAAAACGUUACCAGGAAACGUUUCGCACAGAGUUAUGAGAAGUAUAACCCAACACUUCUAUAUUAUAAAAUUGGCAAUGGGUAAACAACGAAUGUUAUGCGGAUUAACACGUCCAUAUUGCUAGGCAAGGAUUUACAACGCAUGUAUCUGUUUUGUGUUAGCGAGACUUUGCCAUAGUUUGAACAUCAAGACACAGGCAGACAUUAUUUGGGCAAAAACACAUCAUGCUGUGUGUCUGCUUGUGUAUUAUGGCUUUAUGUCUAGGGUAACUGUAUUCUAAGGUGAAUUUUAUAUUAAUUUGCAUUUUGCUUAGUGUAGUAGUGUGGAACUUAUGUUAAAUAAGUGUUAACUUAUGUGGAAGACAUCAUAAUGCACCUUAACAAUUACACUUACAAUUUCACAGUUCAUAAAAUAUAAACUGUGUCUGUCACCUAGCAGGUAUUUUGGCAGGCCAGUUAAAUAUUCAUUUAGUAAGAAUACUUUGCAUGAAGUAGAAUUUCCAAAAAAUUUUCCCUUGAGGAUGUAGCAGCUGUGCUUGGACUAGAGGCUGGCGAUUGACAUAAGCUGAUCAAUAUGUCCACAAAUUAGCUCCUCGCAAUAUUCGUUUCAAAUUGCUUCCCUGUUCUAUUGUACGUAAAAUGGAACUGAAGCGGAAUGAAGUGACAGCUUUUCUAAUAGGAAAAAAACAGCAUACUCAGUAAAAUAUCACAUAACAAUUUGCUGAUACAAAUGUCCAAAACUCUUGUAUUCUUAAAUUGAAGUAUCCUAGAAUUAACUGCUAUCUCAGCUUUUUAUUGUGUGUUCUGGUGUCGUACCUGCAUGUCUUUUAGAGCUACCAGAACCUUUUCUUCCAAGAGAAAUCUGAAAUUUUCUUUCCCCUAAAUAAAGUACCAGCAUUCUCAACGUAUCAUUCCUAUCCAAAGUUGGAUGUUUAACGUGGAAGUUACCUUUCGCAUAAGUCAAAUGGCAUUGGAUAUGCCUAGCUGUAGACCAAGGAUAGGCAACCUUCGACACUCCAAAUGUUAAAUACAUCUCUCAGAAUGCUCUUAAAUACAAAGCAACAUGGGAGAUGUGGUCCACAACAUCUUGAGUGCCGACGGUGGCCUUUCCCUGCGUAGACCAUUGUUUAUUGUCAAACUCCACCACAAUGUUUUGAUACAAACUGGUUCCCGAAGCCAGAAGACAAUGAGAUGUAGUAGUUAUGCUACUUGGACUCCCGCUCUAAAAGUCUGGGAUAAUACACAUGUUGCUGCGGUUUUGUAGAGCAGUAACAUUUGGCUAAGGGUGAUGAGACUGGUUCUCUAAUAACAGCUGGAAUGCCACAGUUUGCCUGACUGUUUUUUGAGCGUUAGUCAGUGAUGACAGACUCAUCUCUGCUGAUUAUUGAUUGCUAUCCAUGUGCUCUCUGCGUGAACCCUCAGAUCAUAUUAUCUCCUAUCCCUUUGUUUAUCCUAACUCAGUAAUCCAAAUCAUGUGCUUUUGUGGCUUUUUAUGAUUUCAUUCGCACACAGUUAUGUUCCGGGAAGAGUGGAUUUGCAGAAGCGGUUUAGGAAAGUCAGUACUGUGAAAGCAAUUAAUGUGAGAUUAGUUUGCUAAUUAUCAGUCACUUCCUGGUUCCUGCAAACUUUGAGAAUUUGCAACAAACAAUAGGAAUCCAGAGGUGAAUAUAUUCUAUCGAUCAAAUGUCUUCUAAAAUUAAUUCUAUUAAUAAUGCAUUCACAAAGGGGUGGGGGAACUGCAGCCUGCAGGGCCACACUAACCUUAAUAUUCAUUAAAGGGACACUAUAGUCAUCAAAACAAUGUAAGCUUAAUGAAGCCAUUUUGGUGUAUAGAUUAUGCCCCUGCAGUUUCACUGCUUAAUUCUUUGCCAUUUAGGAGUUAAAUCACUGUUUAUGCAGCCCUAGUCACACCUCCCUGCAUGUGACCUGCACAGCCUUCCUAAACACUUCCUGUAAAAUGUCAUCUAAUGUUUAUUCUUCCUUUUUUGCAAAUUCUAAAUAAUUUAGAAUGUCUUAUCUCCUGCUCUGUUAAUAGCUUGCUAGACCCUACAGGAGCCUCCUGUGUGUGAUUAAAGCUCAAUUUACAGAGCAGGAUAUAAAAACAUUUAAAGGACGUAAUAUAUGAUUGAAAUUUAAACCAUUUUUUUAGGGCUGCAUAAACAGAAACUAAAGUGAUGUAACUCCUAAAUGGCAUAGAAUUGAGCAGUGAAACUUCCGAGGCAUACUCUAUACACAAAAACUGAUUCAUUAAGCUAAAGUUGUUUUGGUGACUAUAGUGUCCCUUUAAUGACAUUUUACUUUUUAAAGGAAUACUCCAGUUUUAGGGGGCUCCCUCUAAGUCUAGUGAUGAUUUAGUGAAGAUCUUCCUGCUAACCCUGUGAUUCUCAUAGAGAAUCAUUGCAUGCCUCCCAAGUGUCCCUACUUUGGAGUGGCAAUCCCUAUUUUGGGCCCAAAUUUCUCUGUCCCUCUUUUCUAUUAUAAUUUCCCUGUUUACUAAGAGCUCAAUAUUAUUAGUGUGUCAGUAAUAAUACUCACAUUUUAGCUGCAUACAUUUUUAUUAGUACGUCAGCUAGAAUUUUUCAUAACAUCUCCCCCUCCCGCUACAUCCCCUUUUACACACAUACAAUUAAAGUGUCCUUCUUUGUCCAAUGAAAUGUUGGGAGGUAUAGCAUUGUGAGACUGGGUCCAUGUGCAGUAAUUAACUUGUUAGGAAGCAUUGAAUCCAGAGCUUCUCUGUGAGUGGGUGCUUGGGGCAAAUAUAGAAUGGAACCCAGAGAAAUUAAAUGGAGCAAUUUCUCAUGAAAGUGAUAUAUUGGGGAUUAGAAUGUUCCUUUAAAUAAGCCAAGUACAUGUAUCAAUAUUUCAGGUCCAAAAAAAGAAAAGAAAAAUGUUUUAUGCCUAUAGUGCUCUCAUACCUAAAUCAAAAUACUAAAACAUUUAUCAGCUGCUGGAUCUGCAGAAAAAUAAUGAUUUUGACAGUAAUAUGUGCAGAUACAGUUGAAGAAUAUACUUUUUAAAGAGUUAUGCACUGAACUUUGAAUUCUAGAACAAGUUUGAAUUGUAACAAACUGGAUUGCAAACUUUAGGAAAUAUAGCUGAUCUGGGAAAUUUCUCUAACUUAUCUUUAGUUGUAGUCGGGCUAUUUUCGGCUAAAUUUUGCCAUUUGAAUUUCAAUUUGCUACAAUCUGGAGUUUAGUAAAUAAACGCCAUAAUAUAUUAAUUAAUGAACUGCAAAUUGUCCAGAAUUCAUAGAGGGAUUGUAGAUUUGGACCAAAAUAGUCAUACUGGAAAAAUUCUAGAAAAAGAUAGAUAGAUAGAUAGAUAGAUAGAUGGACGGACUAUAAUGGAUUAAUAGAUAGGUAGGUAGGUAGGUAGGUAGAUAGAUGGACGGGCGGACUAUAAUGGAUGGAUAGAUAGGUAGGUAGAUAGAUAGACGGGUGGACUAUGAUGUAUAGAUAGGUAGGUAUGUAUGUAGGUAGGUAGAUAGAUAGGUAGGUAGACAGAUAGAUAGGUUUGGUAGACAGGUAGGUAGUUAGGUAGGUAGGUAGACAGAUAGAUAGGUUUGGAAGACAGGUAGGUAGACAGGUAGGUAGAUAGGUAGAUAGAUAGGUAGAUAGGUAGGUAGAUAGGUAGGUAGACAGAUAGGUAGGUAGACAGAUAGAGGGACAGACGGUCAGACAGCCAGACAAUAGAUAGACGGACUGACUGAUUGGCUGACUAUGAUGGAUAGAUAUCCCAGAAUACCCAGCUCAACAUUAUACUUUAGACUUUUUCCAGCAUUCCUGCAUGUACCCAUAACAAUUGAAUGCUGUUUCAAACACAGCAUUUAUUUUUUUUUAAAGCAAAGCAUGCAUUAUGAUCCUAAAAGGACCAUGAAAAGAAAUAUGAUUUCUUGGAAUCUCUGGGCCCACGGAGGACUUCCCAAAGUAGAACUUGAAAUAGGCAGGCGAUUAGCACAUAUAUAUCCAUAAUUUCCUUAUAGAAUCAGGCAUUUCGACUGCAAAAUGGAGGACUAGCAUUUUUUACUCUCUAAGAGUUUGUGCAACGUUUAAAGAAGACAACGGACAAGUGAUUGAUAGAUGAAUAUAGAUUUUAUGGUAAGAGAGGCAGAGCAAUUUUCUCCACGUUAAUGGUGCUGUCACAGUGAAGUUGCCUCAAAAUAUUUUUGGAGGAGAAAAGAUCUGCUCCUGUAUAUUUCAAUUGUACGCGUGUUAGAUUGUAUCCCUCUAUAUAUAUAUCAGCAUUCCAGGUAUGUAUAUACAUUUAUACCCAUUUAUGUAAAUACGUAGAGCUGGCCUUUGUAUAGCGACUAUGUCACAAACUAGUCUAGCAAGUGGGAAGGGUGUACUCAGUCAGAGACUGCAUCGUCUUUUAUAUCAAUUCAUUUUAUUCAUCCUUUGCUUGAGAAAAAUGAACUAAAACACAUUGUCUUGAGUUUCAAUUCUAGCAGGGGUUAGUCCUAGAUGGUAGUAAUUGUUAAAGAUCUGCCAGUGUGGCACUGUGGUAAUACUUUGAGGCUAGCCAUGCCAAAUAAAAUUAUUUGAAUACAGAAAAGACGAUAGCUUUCGAUAGGCCUCUGGGCAGCCUAGGUCUCUCUUUACUGCCCCCUCCUGCCACAUAGUGUAUAACACAUUACAAGUUCACAUAACCCCAUGAUGUAGAACAGCUGAGAAAACUGAGAGUGCGGGAAUAGAGCACACAUCUCUCCUAUUAACUGCUUGAACUCAAGGGGCCAUAGAUCUUCCCAUGAUAAAGGUUACACAUUGGGCUCAGUCUAACACUGGCUCGGUAAAUGUCAGCGUUACUACCAACCAGAAUUUGUAGGCUGUUACGCUGCUUUUAGAGCAGAAGAGAGAGAAAUUAUAUGAAGCAGGACACAAACAUUUUACAGAUAUUUUAAACCAUACACAUACAUGAAAGGAAGAAACAUAUAAAGAAACACUAAAGAGUUAGUAAUGCAAACCUGUAUUACUAAUGCUUUAGUAUCCCAGUCCCUAGUUAUAUAGAUGUCCUCCAUGUGCAUCCCAUAAAAUUAAUAAAAUAAAGGGUUUUACUUUCCUAUUUCCAUCUCUGAAGCUCCCCUCGGAGCUGCACCCCUCUCCUCCUUCCUCAUUGUCAUGGAGCAGGCAUGUCCUCCUCCAGCUAUGAUCCAACCCUGGUCUGCAUGCACGGUGAAGGCCGCAUGUGCAUUGAAUCAAUGCUUUCCAAUGGUGGCUUCCGUAUCACGUGAUCGAGUUUUGAUUGAUCAGUGCUACAGAACCGCCUCCAAUGUCUGUCAGUGUAACAGCCACUGGAGGUGUGUUUAGCCCUUCGAGGUCAUUUUCUGCAAGUGUUUUACUUUGAAUGGUUAAAUUGAGAGGACCACUGCACCCAGGCCACUUCAUUGAGAUGAUGUGGCUGGGUGACUUUAGUGAUCCUUUGAAGGUCAGGCCAAUUCAGUUAGGUGUAUCAUUCAUCUGAUGAUGUCAUCCAAUCUGUAUAGUCUACUCAAGAUCUGUAUAUGUUACUCAAGAUCGAUCAUUUUUGUAUAUUGGUGACUGGACAAGUUUUGUAUCACGGUUUCAUUUUAUUUAGUUUUAUCUUAUUCUGAUACUGAAAUGGGAAUAUUUUGUGAAAUACAGUGAAAGAGGGCUUAAUAGAAUGAUGUCUAACCCGUGGCACUGCUGAAGAUUGUGGACUACAUUUCCCGUGAGACUCUGCCAACCAUUGUAGUCAGUUAGUUUGCAAAUAUCAUCCAAAGCCAAGGUUAACUGUAUAUGAGUUUAUCCAAUGAAGCAUCAUGAGAUAAAAGUACUUUUAAUAUGUGAUUCAGUUUGUAUUAAGGAAAAUGAGAAACUGGGAUUUACCAGUAACAAGAAUCAGGGUUAGUGUAUGGACCUUGCCUGUAGAACUAAUAUAAAAUUCCAGUGCUUCUUAGUGAGACUGAGAGAGGAUAGGACAACCUAGAACCUUAGAACUUUAACGUUUUUGUGCAAACUCAGAAAGAUGUUUAUUGGUGGUGGUGUUGUAUGUGCUGUGUGUUUAUUAGUGGUGUAUGUGUAUUACGAUCCUGUGAGCAUGCAGUCCACAUAAACAACAGUGUGAUUUGGUAUUGCCAUAUGUUUGUGUCACAGCAGAGGCACUGCGAUAUGGCGAAUGGCUGGGCUUUGUUUCCUGCACUAUCGUCACAUCAAAAUUAACUGUGCCUCCAGGACAAGGGUGACAUAACAUAUACUACUCUAGGAUAAGGGUGACAUAAGAAAUGCACGAAACCAACUGUCCAAAAGUGGCCUUCCACCUCUUGUUGGACUUCAUUUCACAUUGGCCAGCAAUUUGGCAAAAUAUUAUGUAAAUGUUAUCCCAACAACAGAUGCAAAUGGAAAAGUUAUCCACCCUUUACUAUUGAGCUUUCUAUUUCCACCCAGUUAUUUAUGUUCAACGAGCCAUUUCAUCAACUAACCUGGAUUACACAUUAAACCAGCUACUUGGCAAUAAAUUGCCUGUUUAUCAAGGUCCACUGAGUGCAAACUGAAAAUAAAAACCAUUUCUGUAACUCACUAAUAUUUAUAUAUAUAUAUAUGAAAAAAAGAAUCAGUCUGGUGCCACCUAAAUACUUUUAAGAGUAAUUCAAAUUGUAAGGUUUAGGGUAAUAUACCUAGUAGGUUAACUCAUUGGUCAAUCACAUAACAAUGAUUAUUAAUGAUAAUAAUAAUAAUAAUGAUUAGAAUAUUUAACAUUGUAUACUUACAGGUAUUUAAGUGGUUCUUGGCGGAGUAACUCAAUGUCUUCCCAUGUUUGACAAAUGGUGGACUUUGAUAAAUGUUGGAUACUAGUCCCAAUUAAUGAGCACUCAAUACCCUCACUUUAGCCAUCACGUUAAUAGCACUGCUUACUGUUAGCGAGAAACCAGAAUUUUAUGAGAUAAAAACACUUGAAUCUUUCUGUUAUUUUAAUGUUACCUCCUCGGCUGAUGCCCCUGCAGAGCAUGUUGCCUGUGAUAGGUUGUGCUGAGAAAGCUUCUAAACUCUGCACGAGGGAUGUUGCAUGUUGUAAAAAUAAAAUGACCGUCUGAUUUUGUACUCAGGGUGUCAGGAGGCCAAGGUGGGCAUGGUGGGCCGAUCUAGUUUGUAGUUAUCCCAGACGAGGGAGCCUUGGUGGUUUGGAAUUUUAACCAGAAUAAUCUGACAGUUAUUUUGUAAAAGGAACAAGUGCCGAUUAUUGUUUAUAUACUGUACAUGUAUAUUGUCAAGCCCCAAUACAAGAUCAGAUGGUCAUCUUCUUGCCUUUAUUAACCAGUUGUUUUUCAUUGCUGUUCUAUAUCACUGUUAAAAUGAGUUUAUCAUCACAAUGGCUUUAUUUCCAAGUGCACAUUUAUAAGCAAAGGCACAGCGUCUAAUAAAGCCCACUUUUAUUCACUGUAGCUUGCACAAUACAUCACAGUAACCCUUAAUAUAUAUCCCUUCAUCAAUUACACAAUCACACAGCUAACAAGCAUAAAAGUUUUUAAAAGAAACCCUGAAAUUAAAAUUAUUACAAGUUUAUAUCUUACAAUUAGUAUUAGUAAGUAGUAUUAUUAUGGCCCCUUUAUCGUGUAAGGCAGAACAAAAACAAGAUGGCGGGAACGGAACCUGAAAUUGAGAUGGCCUCCCAUAAUCAGGACAUUUGUUGGUGUGGUUUCACAAAAAUAGAUACAAUUUCUUUUUGCCACAGCUGAAAAAAAAGAAUUAUUAGACCUGCUAAGACAGCUGAAAUGGAAGAAGUGUUUAGACUUUUAAAUGUCACUUACACCUUAGGUGUCCCCAGUGGCCUGUAGUAUUGCAUUGUGGGAAAUUCCAAGUUCUUGAAAUUUUAGUGUGAAAAGCAUAUUUUGCUAUGUUAAUGGCAAGCAGAAGCUAUUCAGAAAACUGAAUUGCAGAGAUUCGAGAAAUGAAUAGUGCUAUUAAGACUAAAAUAGUGACUAAGAAUAUGAUAAUUAUUUCAAAAUCACUUCUUUUUUUUGCAAAAUUUGCAAUUUAGUUUUCACAAUUCACAAAAAAAAUUGGUAACUAGUGGAUAAACCCACGAGAACUGAAAGAUAUGGUAUAUUUUAGUUUUAUAGAAAAAAAAGUCAAGAACUACAUAAAAAAACUUUGCAUUUAUAAGGAACAUGGGUAAAAACACAUUGCUCAUGGCUUAUUUUCAAAAAUAUUUAAUAAUAGUUAAAGGUUUUACAGUUUUGUCAUCUCCAGCCCUUCUAAGUGCAUUACUAGAUCCUGAAAAGUCAUGAAAUUCCUCCAAAUUUUAGAAUAUAUCCUGCGUUUUGUUAUUUUUAAAGGGACACUAUAGUGUCAGGAAAACAAAUCCGUUUUCCUGACACUAUAGUACCCUGAGGGUGCCCCCACCCUCAGGGUUCCCCUCCCGUGGCACCUAAUUCCAGCGCAGGGCUUCCUUACCUCUCCUCCCUCGCCGACGUCAGCAUCCUCGUCCGACGUCACAGGAGCCGAAUGCGCAUGCGCACGCAUUCAAAGUGUCCGUAGGAAAGCAUUUUUCAAUGCUUUCCUACGGACGCUCUGCGUGAUUGAGGCAUAAUAUUUCUCUGAAACUGCUAUGUUUGCAUCUGAAAGGUUAAAACCUGAGGGACCUGGCACCCAGACCACUUCAUUGAGCUGAAGUGGUCUGGGUGACUAUAGUGUCCCUUUAACCAUUGGGUUACGCACAGUUUGCUAGUGAAACACAUAAAAAUUUCUCACAAAGUUUUUCACUAAAGUGUGAAUUGGGAAAUCAAAGUGAUUUUUAUGUUUUGGAGCAAAAUAGCUGAAACUGAUAACAUAACUGACUUUUUUUGCCUUUUCGUCAGUUUUCUUUCUAAAAGUUAAAUUUCAUGUUAAAUUCAGGACAAUUAACCCUUUGAAUAAAAAUUUUAUAAUUUAUCUUCCAAUUUAAUACAACAUCAUUUUAGCAGUGAAUUCUUAAUCUUGACUGUCCUUUCUGUUAAAAAAAAAAGACCAUUAAUAUGUUGAAAAUAAAAUGUAUUUUAUGCUAACCUGUGUAAGAUUAGCAUACAGUUAUUUAAUUGUUUUUACCUGUAAAACACAAUGUAUUAUAAACUUGUCACAAAGUUAAGUGUGUCAAGGAGACACUCUAGGCACAAAAAACAUUUAAUUUCAUCGAAUUUCUUAUAGUGUCUGGAGUCUCUUGGUACUGUCCGUCCAUUCAGUGUUAAACCAUUUUCCAGCAGUUUAACGCUAAAUAAAAGUCCCUGGAUGCCUACAGCCCACCCCCACUGGAAAUCUAGCUAAGUCAGAAAUUACACACUUCCUUCUUGCCAAACCAAUUCAUACUACCAAUGGGCAAUGUGAUAGGCUGAACACAGUUAGCUGACACUCAGCCAAUCACAGCCACCCAUUAAUGCUCAGGCUAAUUGUUCCUCAUUAGCCCAAGCAGCGCAGAUCAGGUGGGCAUUAAAACUUUAAUAAUGAUUGGAGGGGACUCCAGGCACUAUAACCAUUUUAAUGAGAUGAAGCUGUUGCAGUGCUUAAAGUGUCCGUUUAAGAAGUAAAGUAGGAGUUUAGUGUCAGUGUAACAAUACCCACACAGUAUAUUUCUCAGCCCACCCACCUGUCUAUCCUAACUAAACUUAGUUCUGCUGAGUGAUAUUAGCUCCUACUCAGACGUAAAUAUUUUUCCUUUUUUCUUUAAGAUUCUGACUUUUAAUUCUUCCAUUCAUCGUGAAACAAUUCUUUUGUCAAUAGACUUUGUUCAAUGUUAUUUUCAGACACAUUGACAAGAGCCAUUAGUGAAGAUACAGUGUAUUUCUGAAAACAUUGACAAGCCGUUUUAUUUCUGAUCGCAAAAGACUUUGAUUUGUGUUCAUCAGCGUCUUUUGCUUUCCCUGCAUCAGAACCACUGAAUGUCCAUGAUGUUAAAGUUCAGAUAUAUAUUUAUGCCCAAGUUGUGCUCAGUUGUUGUGGAGACUUUUUGUCGUAUGUUGAAUUAUGUUUUUUCUUUUUUUUUUGGGAGGGGUCAUAUUAAGUUAACUGAAGCACCAUCUUUGAUUUUUGCGUUCUUUUUGCAAACAUAUGGCCCCAGACAGUAUUUCAGCAUAAGGUUUACAUCUAACUACCCGCAUCCAACUUUUUCUCUGAUUGUUCAUUGAAGAGAUAUCUUCUGUAAGAAAUGGCAGAAUCAAACAGAAUGGAGAGAUUGCACAGAAAAAUCCUGGUCACAAUUUACUCUGAUUUACUGCAGUCGGGACAUUGUGAACAGAUCUAAAUUACGGCUGAAACUAAACUGACCUGCAAGAUUGGACAAGAUAUCUCUACCUGCUGCUGUUUCUUUCGUCUGAGUACAUUAAUUCAAUCACUGCUGGGUACUCCUAUGCUGCACCAAUCAGUUUUGUUCAUUCCCAAAGUAAUGAACAACUUAAGUCCAUUAUUAUGUUAUCCUAUAGCUACAGUUGCAGGGUGCAUUCUUUUGCCAAACAAUUUCAAGCCUGUUUUUGGAGUAUAUUCACUAAAAAGAGAUUUGUGUAGAACACAUCUUCAGCCAAAAUAACCACCGUAGGAAAUUAUUUGGGUUGAGAGAGUUAUUUUGGUCUAUUGUCUGUAAUUGUCUCCAUAUUCCAAAUUUAAUGAAACCCCCUAUAUCAAUUUUGAUCAUUUGAGUCACUUUUAUAUCAGUGUUGUGGGACAUCCUGUCAGUCCUGGAGCACCUCAAAAAACUGAAGCGAGUAGAGGUUGGGGCUGGGGGUUUCCUCAGUAUAAACCACCUGUACUUAAGUUUUUUUUAUAUAUAUAUAUAUUUAAUAUAAGGAAUUUAUCAUAUAGCCACUAAAUAUGCUGCUCUCUUAUCUGUACAGUGCAUAAGAUGAGGGCUUCACCAGUAUGUGGUCAGAAUUUGCAGCAGUAGAUAGUGGUCCAGAUGACACCAAGCCUCUGUGUCUGCCAGUCUCCAUAGAACAUCGCACAGUGUUCCGUACAUUGCGUGUGUUUGUUGUGUGUAGUCAGUAGUGGCUACAGUAGUAUGCUAUGCAUUGACCAUUUGAUAACAUGUAUUUCUAUGAAUCUUACAUUUCCCCACAGAGGCACAGCGGAGACCAUAUUACGCGGACUACUCACCAGCUCGACGGUACAUCCACACACUCUGUACCAGCCACUAUCUGGACCUCUUCAUCACCUUCAUCAUUGGCAUUAAUGUUAUCACUAUGUCCAUGGAACAUUACAACCAACCCAAGGUACACAUCUGGUAGUUCUCAGUUCGCCCUCUAGUGGACUGAGAGAGGCAGUGCUAAACAUACACAUUCACAUUAAAACAAUCUUUCGCCCUUACUGCAUUGCAAUGUAUAAAUUAGUAUUAUUUUUAUUGCUUCCAACUUAUUUAGCUGUGCUCUAUAAUGCAUAGCAAUAUUAAAACUUUUUUUUGUAAAAUAAAUAACCACUGAAGGUUUGUAGUUAAUUAUGGCAUGCAUUAGAUGACAACGAGUCAAAAUAAAAUAAAUAAAUAUGAUGAGUAAAGAUUAGCAGUGGUAAAAGGUAAGUCUUUUUCCACCCUUUAUACUGUACAAGAUUGAGUUCUACAUGGGGGUCUAGCAUUUGGCAGCUCCUGCUAGUAUUCCUUUAAAAAUAAAAAAUGUAAAGAACACAAGUCAUAUACAAAUAUAUAAAGUCGGAUCUGUGGCUUUCAAGGUAUUUCUUAUAAUACAUUUCUGCUUAGAAGCCUCAGAGCUCUUUAUGCUAAUUUGUUUAUAAUCCUUUCAUCCCAUAAUAAUUGCCAGAAUACACCUCACCUAUUCUUCUGGUCUUGAAAAUGUUCUAUUAUGUUUGCAACUCAGGGGAACGGACCCAUUUAAAGUGAACAUAUUAGAUGUGUGCUCUCUCUCUUCCACUGAGGGGGCUGAUGGUAAGCUUUGCAAAGAAAAUUUUGUGACUUUCAUCUUGCAUCUUGCUUAGGCAGCCUUAGUAAAAAACAAAACACUCCAAGCAUCAUAACCAGUGCAGCCCGCUGUAGUGGUUAUGGUGCCAGGAGUAUCCUGGCAUCCUCCUGAAGUAAAAAGUCACACCAUUCUAGAACUCUUUGACAACUUACCUACGGUCUGUGAGGUGCCCGUUAUCUAGACCUGAGCUCCAUGCAGGAUCUCCUGGGGGUAAGUUGUCAAAGCAUUCUUAAAUGGUUUAAAUACUUACUGUGGGAGAAUAGCAAGGCCCGGCAUUAUAACCACUACAGAGGGCUGAAGUGGUUAUGGUGCUUGCAAAAUUAAUGGGAACUGCAAUUCGCAAUCUGCCCUAGUGUCAUAAAAAGCAUUAAAUCAAGUAAGUUAAAAACUAGUCUUAAAAUAUUGCUAAAACUUGUUAGAGAUUUUAUUUUUUAUUUUCUAUACAUGCAGUAUAUGGACAUUGUCCCAUGUUUUAUUGAUAAUAAAUGGCUGCUCUCGGCUAACGAAUCCCUUUGAAACAUUACUUUAUAUAACAGUUUCUAAGAGGCAAGAGAAAGUGUGUUUUUCAAUACAUCCUGUUACACGCCAUAAAUUUAGGCAUCAUUAAAUUACAGCCUUGCGCUUGCUGCAUCUACCGAUGACAGCAAUAUUUGUUGGCACUUUCCAAUGACAAUAGGAAGUAAUUUCUGGUGUUCUGUGCAAAGUCCCCAUUUCGUACAGCCAUGUUUCCGAUGUAUAAUUCUUGCAGAUCUCGUCUGUCAGAUUACGUAAUAUGGCUCAUUCAGACCCAUCUGCUCCUCGGAAUAUAUUGGCUUCUCUCGCUGUUUUUGAAGUAUUUGGCCAGACAAGAACAAACAAAAAAAAAAAAGAGAACAUAAGACUCCGUUCUGGUGCUAUUACAGACAUCCUUUUAAAGUGGGGUCGGGGAGUUCAAGGGAGGGUUUCAAACUGAAAAAGUCAUAUGGGAUCGUGUUUAUGUGAAUCUUAAAAAAAUACUUGUAUGGUGUGUUCCUUUUUUUUCAGUCCCUGGAGGAAGCUCUGAAAUACUGUAACUACCUCUUCACCAUCGUCUUCGUGUUUGAAGCUGUUCUUAAACUGGUUGCUUUUGGAUUCCGAAGGUUCUUUAAAGACCGGUAUGGUGAAAUCUGUUUACUUUCAAUCGUAGCUUAACCUGAGUUGGUAAUCCCUAUGUGUACACUGUCUAUGACUAUGCAUUGUAUAUGGCAAUGUUUUCUACGUAUACACAAUGUACAUGUAUCAAAACGCUUCAUAUAAAGAGACGACGUGUACAUGGCAAUUCACAGCUCUUAAAUCUGUGGGGUCUGUGCACUGGUCAGUGAGUUGUAGUCAGUGGACCACCAGUUUGCAAAAAAAAAAAAUGUUGAGUCUGCCAAUUUUAAGGUUUGUUUUUUUCCAAUUCAACUAUUCUGACCUAACUUUUCUGUUUUUAAUGAAAACUUCCCCAUAAUUUUAAAUUGAUCUGAUGUCUAGUACUGAUGUUUAACAAGCACAUUAUAAUCUUGCAUUACUGCUAAAGUAACCAUUAAAGCAUGGCGUGGGCAAACAUUGGCACUCCCGAUGCUGUAGACUACAUGUCCCCUGAUACUUUGUCAGCAUUAUUGCUGUAAAGCAUUAUGGGAGAUGUAGUCCACAUGUGGAAUGCUGAAGAUUCCCUGCCCCUGCCAUAAAGUAACAAAAACUUUAGGGCUAGGUAAAUGUAUGAUAACAAGGUUAGCUAAUAUUGAAGUUCGGUGGGUCUUAUUUCAAUUCAAGUAAAUAAAGCAAUUAAUUAAUUAAUUUGAAGUAAUUAACGUAAUUUAUUAAAAAUGUUGUAACAAAAUCUGCGCAAACUCACCACUGCAUCUUCAAACUUAAGGUGCUCUUUGGUUCAAUCAUUCAUAUUUCUGUAAGCCUAUUUGAAGCUUGUUUAAGCCCCUAUUCAUUGCCCUAUCGGGGUUUCUGUUAGAACCUCGUUUUGUGCUCCUAGCGAUUCCCUUGUGAUUUCCUGUGUUUGACCUCGGCUUCGUAUUUGACUCCUGAUUUCUGGUAUCCUGACCCCAGCUUCGUAUUUGACUCCUAAUUUCUGGUAUCCUGACCCCAGCUUCGUAUUUGACUCCUGAUUUCUGGUAUCCUGACCUCGGCUUCGUAUUUGACUUGCGAUUUCUGGUAUCCUGACCUCGGCUUCGUAUUUGACUUGCGAUUUCUGGUAUCCUGACCUAGGCUUCGUAUUUGACUACUGAUUUCUGGUAUCCUGAACUUGGCUUCGUAUUUGACUUGUGAUUUCUUGUAUCCUGACCUGACUUUGUAUCGACUCUGAGUAUUCCUGUUUUUCUUGUCCUUGCUUUAUUUUGACCCUGAUUCUUGUUGUUUAGUUACGUUAAAGGACCACUCUAGGCACCCAGACCACUUCAGCUUAAUGAAGUGGUCUGGGUGCCAGGUCCCUCUAGGAUUAACCCCUUUUUUUUAUGAACAUAGCAGUUUCAGAGAAACUGCUAUGUUUAUAAAUGGGUUAAUCCAGGCUCCAAAUGCUCUAGUGGCUGUCUCAUUGACAGCCGCUAGAGGCGCUUGCGUGCUUCUCACUGUGAAAAUCAUUGUAAAUGCUUUCCCAUGAGACUGAAUGCGUGCACAGCUCCUGCCGCACAUGCGCAUUCAGCCGAAGAGGAGGAUCGGAGGCGGAGAGGAGGAGGAGGGGGUCCCUAAGGGGGGGGGGGCACCCUCAGGGCACUAUAGUGCCAGGAAGACGAGUAUGUUUUCCUGGCACUAUAGUGGUCCUUUAAAUCCGGUCAUUCUAAGGUUCGGUAAUAUGUCUUCUGGAUUCCACCUUUUGUGGUUUUCUCUUUCCUGCGUGUUGGGGUAUGACUCCUGUGAUAGUUAUGCGAGUAAUUAAGUAGUGAAAAUAGCUCAGGAUUAUGGGAGUUGCACUUCAGAAUAUAAUUUUAAAGGGUACCUGCUGGGGCAGCGGGGCCUGAAUUGCAUGGCAGCUAGAUGUGUUCUGUGUGAGCUCCCAGCCUGAGCUCAAAUUUGAGCUGCUACACUGACUCCCAACAUGCUAGUCCGACUUCUAACGUGACUUACCUGCUUCAGGAACCUGCUGAGAAGCUUGGUGUUGUUUUUGGCGGACUUCCCUCUUCACGUUUCCAGGGGUCUUCAGCGCAGCCUGGUUGAAUGGACGGGUGGGAGAGGUGGCCGAUUUCCUGUUCUCCCGUUCUGCAUAAGCCGUGCCCUCAAGGUGAUACUCAGUAACUCUGUUCCCCACCCCCCCUUUGGACCGGGGGGGUUAUCCCAGUCCCCACUGGCUGGCCCUUCAUACUUGCCUGACACUUGGGGCUGCCUGCUGCCUGCAAGAACAUCAUAGAAAGUGAGACAAAAUGGUGUCCAUAUCCCACGAGUACAAACCUAUGCAGCCCAGGCAGGACUGUCCUAGCAUGUUGGAGCAGUCCUUGGAGAGGCUGUAGGCAAUAUUCACCCGCUUCUGGGACACCCUGGAGAAGUGUGCCAUGCUCUCUACUCCACAAGGUGGCAACCAGGAGAGCAGCGACUGGGAGGUGAGCAGAACCCCAUCUGGCAUAGCAAAUAUACAGCCACCCGUGUUCACCAGAGCUUGCCCACCUAGGCUGAUGGCCAUCAGGGGUUGUCCCCCAAAACAUCGUCCAUGCAUACAGAAGACAAACCGCCGUAGGCAGCUACACCACACCAAAGUCUCCUGCUUCCCCCUUGGGGGAAAGGACUUGGACUCACAGAGACCCAGAGUCCGUGGUCACAAGAUGCCGGCCCAAACGCAGGCCAGGGGCUGUCUCACUCCCUUCGGAAGGACCCCCUCCUGGAAUUCAUGCCCACAUGCCAACUAUGCCACUUGCAAGAAUCGGCUGAUACUGACACCAGAGAAGCAGCCUAGGAGCUAUAUGGCACUUUACCUAACCUACCAGGUGACUGGUUAAGGCCUGAUCACCUCAUAGCUGUAACACCUCUCUGUAUAUGCUGACCUGUUGUUGUUUUUCAUUUUAUAUUUUCUUUCUCUUCUUAACUCACACCUAAGCCGAACAGUUACUGAGCGCAGUUCCAGUGGACUAGCAGGUUCAUAAUUAGCAUGUUAAUUCCUACUCAUAGCCUUUAUCUCCUGUCUAUCUAACCUUAUGUGUAGCCAGCCUGCUAUAAACUUCAGGUCUAGCCAGAUUUAAGCAUUUAUAUAUUUUUAGAGCUUUAUCACAAAUGGCUAUUCUGUGUUCCCUGAUUAUUCUGCCCAUAGCAUGUAUCCUAAGUCUAGACAUAUCCGUUUAACUUAUCCGUUAUGUUAUGUUAUUAUAAAAUUGUGCUGAAAUGUCAAAAUGCCAUACCAAUGUCUCUCUCUUGUUGUACUUGCUCUGGCUGUCGUGGCAUUGCAAGCUUGCCUGUAAUUUAAUUGCACAACAAAAAAAACAUUUUUUUUAAAAAAAAAGGUACCUGCUGGUGAAAGAACCCAAAAGCUAUCUUUGUUUUUCUUCUUUUGUGGAAAAAGAAUUGGAGUGUGUAACAUCCUCCCUGCAAAGCAACAACAAGCACAGUGUAAAAAAUGAAUGUAAUUAAUGUAACGGGUGAUCGAGCAUCCUAGGUAGAUAAUUAAAGAACGCUAUUAUUUAAAACGAUACUCAGAAAAAUGCAGCAGGUUAUAGAAGCUUUUAAUGGGUCCUCUGGCAUUUCCUCAUUUUCUUUAAUUCAGAAACAUUUUACCGCUGCAGUGAAACAUUGCAACAAAUGGUAGAAAUGAACAGAUUAACAGGACACAUGGGCCUUGUCAGUGUUUGUGUCUGUUGAAAUGCCAUGCGGUAGUUGUGCCAAAAGCUGCGAUACGUAGCGAAUGAUAAGGCAUGAAGUGAGUGUCAUUUAAAUGUAUCAAGUAUAUGAUUUGAGAGCUUGGCACAGCCGCACAGGGCCAAGUUUUCUUGCCGGUUCUAGACAAGGUCAACACAGCAAGAUGGGUCACAUGCCGUACCCAUCAACUCUCCAUGUGGUGUUACAUCAUCACCAUAAUCUCCUGCCAUCCUCCCCACUGGUCCAGCGUGAGACACGUCCUAAUUAGGGUUUCUUUCAGCUUUUGAAAAAUCCUGGUGAUGCUAAUUUGCAGGGCUAUCUGAUCAUAUCCAAGGCUUGGACAGGCUGAGGUUACAUAGAUGGGAAGUUUCCUUAACACUUAAAGUUCUUAGCACAUCUUAUUAUCCGACAGUCCUGGUCGAGUUGUUCUAUUUGCAUUCCGAGUAAUAUAUUAUGCUUAACAUCCCAUUCUUUCCCGAAUCUGUAAAAGAAGAAGAGAGAAAGCACAAUCAUAUGCACUGAUGUUUAAGCCACAUUUUUAUUCAUUGCAAAAUAGAUGUUCAGUUCAUUGUUGUGUUUGAUUUGCUGAAGGUAAUGAUUUUUUUUUCUCUUUGUGGUGUGCAUUGAUUAUUGGACAAAGACACAGUACAAUUGUGGUUAUUUACAGUGUGCAGUUAAGCACGGUAUAUCUGGCCUUUACAGAAGCCAUUACGGAAAAAAAAAAAAAAAAAGUUAGAAAAAAACCUAAACAAUUUCCCUGUAUAAUAGGUUGUUUUUAUAGGGAUAUAUUCACAAAGACUCCUUUCUUGAAUCGUGAUGACCUGAGAACUGAGAUGCAACAUUUUGGUUAAAAUAAUAAGUUUUUAGUUAACAAAAUCUCCAAAUUAGUGAUUUGUUUCCAGUUCGACUAUUUGUCCUAAAGCCAUUUGAGAGUCAGCUGCCAAUUCGCUGUUUAGACAAAAAUAAUCAAGGUUCUUCUCCUUCUUAGCUUACAACAAGAGAGGAGACACUUUACUGCUGUCCAGCUCCCCCCGAUAAUGCAAUAUUAGUCUUUGCUGCACGGUCACCAACUGGGGACUUUGCAGAAUUUACAAAAAUUGCCACUGGGGGUCUGGUGGCCAGGGGGCAGGCAAAGGUGAGUUCUGCUUACCUGUACCUGUCCCUCGUUGGCGCCACCAUCUUCUUCCGGUGGGUCCACUGUACGCCAAACUAGAGGCAUAAUUGGCUUAGGGAACGUUUUUAGUUUGGCUAUUUUAACCUUGAUCGUGAAUUUUACUUUGAAUCCACUUUGAAUUCUUAUUUUAUUAAUUAGCCCUUUUAAUGUAAUUCCAUUCGUAGAUAAAGAUGUUUUACACAGAAAGUUCAUUGUGAUGGGCAUGUGACAAGCAACUUAUAUCUGCAAUUUAAUGAUAAUAAUGUUUAGGAAGUAUUCCCCUGCCUCUGAUACUUUCUUAGAUUGCCUGUGUGCUUGGAAUCUUUUUAAACACUCGAAAACAAAAGUCAGUCUCUUCCCUGCUAAUUUAUAAUGUCCUGCGUUUUUCUGAUAGUUGGAACCAGUUGGAUUUGGCCAUCGUUCUUCUCUCCAUCAUGGGGAUUACAUUGGAGGAGAUAGAAAUCAAUGCCUCUCUUCCCAUCAACCCAACAAUUAUACGAAUCAUGAGGGUGCUGAGGAUUGCUCGAGGUGAGUUGCUGCAUGUUCAUUCAUGGUCAUGUGGCAUGCUGGCGUUUGACUAGUACACAGGGUGGCAUAAACAUGGUACAAAUCAUAGUAUACUUUGUUGCUUAGAGUUAGCAGACUUUGAUCAGUGUUACUGGGAGAGUAUGACAUUUUUAUUUUUUUUCAUAAAUACCAAAUGUCCCAAUAUUUUGACGAAAGUCCUGACAGCGAAACUGUUGUUUCAAGAAUUCCUUACUUAUCAAACAAUUGCCAUUCAGCACCAACACGAUGAUACAAAGAAAUGUAGAGCUAGGUGUUCUAUGCAGGGUGUCACAUCCUGAUCCUGCAGUGCCUUGUGCUUUGCUCAGUGAUGUCGUUAGACCCACACCCGUUGGCUUGAUGACCAAGGAAACUCAGAAAUUAGCAAGCAUGUUCUUCUUAGGGUGAACCAGCAUACUCCUGGUUUCAUUACCCUGAUUCCUAACAGAACUGGAUUUCCAUAAUGUUUACAGACUGUCAUAUAAGAGAGGCACUAUGUGAUGCCAGAUGGCAUAGCCUUAUGUUGGCACUUGCUUUCAUUCAUGCACUGCUGCUGCCUUCAUGUUGUGCUCAAUCCCAAACUCAAGUUGCCUGUACUAUGUGAGUCAAUGUGGGUUCAGGAUUGUAGCUUAAUGGUAUGACACUCAAUAGUUCCUCUUGCUGGACACACAAGGCAGGACACAGAAUAUAUAUAAAUGAUCUGUUAUAAGUAGUCUUAAAGGAACAAUCCAAGCACCAUAAUUACUGCAGUGCACUGUGGUUAUGGUACUUGGAGUGUUCUGUUAAAUUGAUCCACCGCUGACUUUAAUAGACGCAUAGGAUAACUCAGGAAAUCUAACCUCUAUGAACUAUAAUGCACACUGUGCUUAUGAUAGGAUUUGCAGUGCACAGCUGUAGGAGAUCCAGAUAUGAUCUUUCCCAUGGACUGACCGUGUUAGUACCAAGGGGGUAAUGAGCUCAAUGAUUUGUAUGUUCCGUAUCGUUUGACCCGCUGAAAUAACACCAUUUGUUUUCACAGUUUUGAAGUUGCUGAAGAUGGCAACGGGGAUGCGAGCUUUGUUGGACACCGUGGUGCAAGCGUUACCCCAGGUAAUCCCAUACCUUAAGUUAUGUUUUGGGUUUAUGUGAGAAGAUAGCACAGCAGGAGUCAGAUUGAGAGGAAUCAUAACGAAUCAAUAUAUUUAUUUUAGUGACUAGAAAUUUAAUAUUAUGGAAGAGCUUAUUACGAACCAGUUAUAUGCAAACAGACAUUUAUUACACACCGGUUAUAUGCAAGCAAGAAUUUAUUACACACCAGUUAUAUGCAAACAGGACUUUAUUACACACCGGUUAUAUGCAAACAGGCAUUUAUUACACACCUGUUAUAUGCAAACAGGCAUUUAUUACACACCGGUUAUAUGUAAACAGGAAUUUAUUACACACCGCUUAUAUGCAAGCAAGAAUUUAUUACACACCAGUUAUAUGCAAACAGGACUUUAUUACACACUGAUUAUAUGCAAACAGGCAUUUAUUACACACCAGUUAUAUGCAAGCAGGCAUUUAUUACACACCAGUUCUAUGAAAACAGGAAUUUAUUACACACCAGUUAUAUGCAAAGAGGAAUUUAUUACACACCGGUUAUAUGUAAACAGGACCUUAUUACAAACAAGUACUGUGUAAAAUGGACCUUAUUGCAAAUGGGGACUAUUUUAAAAAGACCUUAUUACAAACCAGUGUUAUGUAAACAGGACCUUAUUACAAACUGUACUUUUUAAAGUAGAUCUUAUUACAAACCAGUGUUAUGUAAACGAGACCUUAUUACAAACCAGUGUUAUGUAAACGGGACCUUAUUACAAACUAGUGCUAUAUAAACAGGACUUUAUUACAAACCUGGGCUGUUUAAUUAAACACGGCCCUAUUACAAACCAGUGGUAUGUAAAUAUGACUUUAUUUAAAUCAGUGCUGUGUAAACAGGACCUUAUUACAAACCAGUACUGUCUAAAGAGGACCUUAUUACAAACCAGUGCUGUGUAAACAGGACCUUAUUACAAACCAGUGCUGUGUAAACAGGACCUUAUUACGAACCGUUGUUAUGUAAACAGGACCUUAUUACAAACUAGUGCUGUAUAAACAGGACUUUAUUACAAACCUGUGCUGUUUAAUUAAACAGGGCCCUGUUACAAACCAGUGGUAUGUAAAUAUGACUUUAUUUAAAUCAGUGCUAUGUAAACAGGACCUUAUUACAAACCAGUGCUGUGUAAAAUGGACCUUAUUACAAACGUGUGCUGCAUAACAGGAACUUAUUACAAAACAGUAAUGUGACCUUGUUACAAAAGUGGGCUGUUUAAUUAAACAAGGCCUUAUUACAAAUCAGUGUUAUGUAAACAGGACCUUACUACAAACCAGUGCUAUAUAAACAGGACCUUAUUACAAACCAGUGCUAUAUAAACAGGACCUUCUUACAAACCAGUGCUAUAUAAACAGGACCUUAUUACAAAUGUGGGCUGUUAAAACAAGUCCUUAAUACAAACCUUGUCUUCAUAAACAGGAUCUCAUUACUAAUUUAAUUUAUUGGUGGGAGGGGGUCAUUUAAUAGUUGUGAGUGUGGGUUUCAAAUACUUUGUUAUAUCUUAGCAAUUGGGCUUUCAGUUCACUGCAGGCACUGGAAGAUUUCAGAGCAGGAAAAAACUCAAAAUAUCUCUUUGGGACAGAUCACCAAUCCCAACAAAGGAAUAUUCUGAACUAUGACAAAAUAUAUUCUGGUCUUAUUGCACAAGAUCUCGCCGGCUUCGCAAGGAUUUCCACAAUUAUUACAAUGUGCCACGUUACCUCAAUCCUAUUUUUAGAUCAGUGAGAUGACUUAUUCCCAUCAAAUAGGGGCCUCUUUGUAUAAACUGACAUUUGUUGGUUCUACGUCCUAAGCCAGAUAAAAACUCAAUAGGAAGGGGAAAAAAAUAAAAAAAAUAAAAAUGUUACAACCACAGCCAGAUCGUCUUUGUAUUGAAUAAAUAUACACAUUAAAAGAUCAAAUAGUCAUGUAUAAACACUUGUUUCUUAACCCAUCAGUGACCUGGAGUAUAUUUCAAAUAAUCUGUAACAUUCUAUAAUCAGAUUAUACUGUACGGGAGUGCAAAGAAUUAGUAAUUUUUUUAGUAGCUGUUAAAUAGAAAGAAAACUCACAGGGAUUAAAGAGCCACUGGAGGCAUCAUAACAACUUCACACUGAAGUUGUUAUAGUGCCAAGACGUCCAGGGCAUAAUCUUACCUUAAGGGGUUAAAUAUUUACAAAACAGUUGAACCCCAACUUUCUAAGGUGGUUACAAAACAGUUGAACCCAAAUCGUUCUACCCAUCAACUUCUUUUGUUGGUCCAAGGCUUUAAUCAGGAAGCCUCAGACUAGGCAAUAUUCACAGGCAUUACUAUUUUAUACUCCAAAAUAAAUACUCGUUAUUGUUAUAUAUAUAUAUAUAUAACGACUCUAUCGCUGCACCCAAAUCUAACACUAGAUGACACUAGACAGUGAAUUGUAGGUUUGGAAUACAAGAGAAAGUAGUGCGUGUUUUAACCUUUGACCAUUGGUGGGCAAUGUUGGUACUAUCUUUACUUGGUUAGCACCAGUAAUCUUAAAUAAACUCAAAAUGGACAGUUAAACAAAAUAAUGUUAUAGACAAGGUAAACGCUUACAUCUUCCCAGCAAAUUUCAGUUACUGAUGUGGGAAUCAUAGGGCAUGUGCUAAAGUUCAAGAACCUUGUUUUCCUCUUUGACAUGGUCAAUAUACUCAUUUUAACUUGUGGUUGAGAUUGCUCUGUUGGUUCAUUCACCAACUACUAGUGCAUUUAGUACCCCAGGUUCACACAUCCUAUUCCUAGUGGGUCAUCUCAACAUUUUCUUCUGCAAAGGAUGACAAUACAAGUGCGAUUAAAUUGAGUAAUGAUAACAUCUACUUCUUAAAACACAAAAACAAGAAAGCAAUAUUAGUUUAUAAUUUCCUGCUUAAAUUACUUUUUUUUAAUUUUUUUAUUAUUAUAAUGAUUGUUAGUAUGAAUAUCCAAUGAAUACAAGUGGGUAGACCUUGAAAGUGCAUGACAAAAGCAAUAAAACAAAGGAUGUCUGAAUUUGGAAGUUCUAUGAAAUUCUAUGGAAUCGUCAGAGCUAAUUGAGAUUAUUCCUGCUUUAAUGAAACAUUAUCAAACAAACAUCAGCUAUUUUCUUUAAAAGAUCAAGUUAAAUCUGAUGAGAAUGUGUGGAGAGGCAACAGGACCGGUCAUAUGCAGUAGAGUCCACUGUACCAAUUUCAGUUGUGCAUAGAUUCCACCACUCGACAAUGAGUGCAUUGACUCUACCAACACUCUGUAGCAAUUUGUCUCUUUUCAAACCAGCUUUUAGAAUUAAAAAAAAUAAAAUGUGUAAGAGAUGUAAAGCUCAUGAAUGGGAAGAUGUGAAUACGACAUGAUUAAUACCAAUUCACAAAAAAAAAGUAAAAGAAAGAAAUGGACGAAUGAGACUGUGAAGCAGCAGUUCAGAGACCUGCCUUGUCUCUGGAAUCUCUGGAUGGACUUGUUGCAUCUCAAUGAGUUGCUCGCUGUGUGAUGAGCUGCAGGAAGCAAGUCGGAGAGCAAGGCUUAUGUUCUCCUGUCCUUGGAGCAGGCUGGCACAUGUAUAGCUUCCUGAGAAAUCACUCCUGACAGGUCUCCCUAGGAGCCCUGAAUAUCGUUUGCUUGACUGACUAAAAUGCCAUGGUGUGGGCCGAUGAUGCAGAAAUAAUUAAUCUCGGAAAAAUGAGAAACUAGAUGUGCUGGAGAUGUGCUCCUGGGAAGCCAAUGCCCGCCUCCAGCUAUGCCCACGCUGUGAAAAACAUUAUAUGUCUACAAUUCUCAUUGUGGCAGUGUGAACUAUACUGCUGAGCACCUGCCAAGCAAAGCGUUGCCCUCCCUUCUGCCACGUCUUGGUGUAUUCUUCAUUCUAUACUUCAUUCUAAACUUCGAGUCAAAUAGAAAUGGGGCCAAAAGUUAAGAAAACUUGCUUUUUACCCGAGUUGAGGAAUGUCAAGCGAACAAACCAUUAUUUUACAAAGUUCUCUUUCCUGAAUAAAACACUGCUGCUGGCAGUUUUAGGAGAAGCAGUGUGAGAAUUGAACGACUCUCGCCCUUCUAGACUUAACCACCUUCUCUAUUAGGUGUGGAAUAAUUACAUCACUACCACAGCUGUUUAUAUGCUGAGUUUCAUGACGGUAGAAGCUUCCCUGUGUCCCAGCUAGCCAGGAGCAUUCUAGAUUUUAAAUAUCGAGCGCUUUAUACCUUGUAAUACAGAAUAUUGUAAACUGCUUGCAAUUUGUUUCUGUAUCCUUGUUUAACAUUUUAAACAAAUGUGCUUGCUAGAACUUUAUAAACUUUUUUAAAAAGUCAUGAACUUUAGUGAUGGGCAUAGACCUCUGAUGACCAUUACAUUGAGUUUUUAGUUUAUUCUCUACAACAAAAUUAGUUCUACUGUUAUCUCAAAUCUUUUUGUUCUUCAUUCUACAGUGAGGGAAAAAGUAUUUGAUCCUCUGCUGAUUUUGGAUGUUUGCCCACUGACAAAGAAAUGAUCAAUCUAUAAUUUUAAUGGUAGGUGUAUUUUAACAGUGAGAGACAGAAUAACAAAAAAAUAAUAAUCCAGAAAAACCCAUGUCAAAAAAGUUAUACAUUGAUUUGCAUGUCAAUUAGUGAAAUAAAUAUUUGAUCCCCUAUCAAUGAGCAAGAUUUCUGGCUCCCAGGUGUCUUUUAUACAGGUAACGAGCUGAGAUUAGGAGCACUUUCUUAAAGGGAGUGCUCCUAAUCUCAUAUUUUUACCUGUAUAAAAGACACCUGUCCACAGAAGCAAUCAAUCAGAUUCCAAACUCUCCACCAUGGUCAAGACCAAAGAGAUGUCCAAAGAUGUCAGGGACAAGAUUGUAGACUUACACAAAACUGGAAUGGGCUACAAGACCAUCACCAAGCAGCUUCAUGAGAAGGUGACAACAGUUGGUGAAAUUAUUCGCAAAUGGAAGAAACACAAAAUAACUGUCAGUCUCCCUCGGUCUGGUUCUCCAUGCGAGAUCUGACCUCGUGGCGUUUCAAUGAUCACGAGAAUGGUGAGGAAUCGACAAGAUCUACAUGGGAGGAUGUUGUUAAUGAUCUCAAGACAGCUGGGACCAUAGUCACCAAGAAAACAAUUGGUAACAUACUAUGCUGUGAAUGACUGAAAUCCUGCAGCGCCUUCAAGGUCCCUCUGCUCAAGAAAGCACAUGUACAGGCCCGUCUGAAUUUUGCCAAGGAACAUCUGAAUGAUUUAGAGGAGACCUGGGUGAAAUUGUUAUGGUCAGAUGAGACCAAAAUCAAGCUCUUGGCAUCAACUCAACUCGCCGUAUUUGGAGGAGGAAUGCUGUCUAUGACCCCAAGAACACCAUCUCCACCGUCAAACAUAGAGGUGGAAACAUUAUGCUUUGGGGGUGUUUUUCUGCCAAGGGGACAGGACAACUGUGCCACAUCAAAGGGACGAUGGACAGGGUUAUUUACCAUCAAAUCUUGGGUGAAAACCUCCCACCCUCAGCCAGGGCAUUGAAAAUGGGUCAUGGGUGGGUAUUCCAGCAUGACAAUGACCCAAAACACACAGCCAAGACAACAAAAGAGUUGCUCAAGAAGAAGCAAAUGAAGGUCCUGGAGUGGCCUAGCCAGUCUACAGACCUUAAUCCCAUAGAAAAUUUGUGCAGGGAGCCGAAGGUUCGAGUUGCCAAACAUCAUCCUCAAAACCUUAAUGACUUGGAGAGGAUCUGCAAAGAGGAGUGGGACAAAAUCCCUCUUGAGAUGUGUGCAAACAUGGUGGUCAACUACAAGAAACAUCUGACCUCUGUGAUUGCCACCAAGUACUAAGUCAAAUGGGUCAAAUACUUAUUUCACUCAUUGACAUGACAUGCAAAUCAAUGUAUAACUUUUUUGACAUGCGUUUUUCUGGAUUUUUUUUUUUAGUUAUUCUGUCUCUCACUGUUAAAUUACACCUACCAUUAAAAUUAUAGACUGAUCAUUUCUUUGUCAGUGGUCAAAAUCAGCAGGGGAUCAAAUACUUUUUACCCUCACUGUAUAUCAAGUGAUUUUGUAAUUGAUGAUAUUGGCUUUUCCCUUGGCAUACUUAUUAUUGGAUGCAUGUGUGUGCCAUGUCUGAUAGAACCAGAUGUUAUUUACCCUUCAGGGUAUAAUAGGACAUAUUAUUGCCUUUAUGUCAGUGGAAAUGACAGCUAAUGUUAUCCUGUUUUUACAUUCAUAUAAUAAUAUUCUCUUUUUUGGUUUACAUACCAUUUUGUUGUGCUGCUAAUUAAACAUACACUGAUCAGCGACAACAUUAAAACUUACUACCUAAUAUUUUGAAGGUACCAACUCUGUUGGAUCAAGGCAUGGACUCUAUAAGACCUCUAAACAUGUCCUGUGGUAUCUGGCACCAAGACAUGCUGUAGAUCUUUUAAGUCCUACAAGUUCUGAGGUGGAGCAUCCAUGGAUUUGUUGUUCCAGCACAUCCAUCAGAUGCUCCAUCAGAUUGAGAUCUGGGGAAUUUGGAGGCCAAGUCAAGAUCUUGAACUCUUUGUCAUGUUCUUCAAACCAUUCCUGAACAAUAUUUGGAGUUUGCCAGGGUGCUUUAUCCUGCUGAAAGGUGCCACCUGAUCUAAAAGAAAACACAAUUUAUUAGACCAGGCAACCUUCUUCUAUUGCUUGACAAUCCAGUUCUGACAAUCACAUCACCAUUGAAGGAACUCCUGGUGGUGGACAGGAAUCACCAUGGGCACUCUGACCGGUCUGCGACUACAAAGCCCAAUACACAGUAAAUUGUGAUGCACUGUGUGUUCUGACACCUUUCUAUCAUGGCUAACAGUAGGGUUGUUUAGCUACUUGAGCUUCAGUAAUUCUUCUGUGUGAUGGAACCAGAUGGGCUACCUACGCUCCACAUGUGCAUCAAUGAGCCUUGGGUGCGCAAUGACCCUAAUGCGUGUUCACCAGUUGGCCUUCCUUGCACCACUUUUGGUAGGAACUAACCCCUGCAUACUGGGAACAUCCCACAAGACUUGGCGUUUAGGAAAUGCUCUGACCCAGUCGUCUAGUCAUCACUAUUUGGCCCUUGUCAAAGUCUCUCAGAUCUUUUCCCUUACCCAUUUUUACUGCUCCCAACAAAUGAAAUUCAAGAACUGACUGUUCACUUGCUGCCUAAUAUAUCUCACCCCUUGACAGGUGCCAUGGUAACAGUAUAAUCAAUGUUAUUCACUUCACCUGUCAGUGGUUUUAAUGUUGUGGCUGAUCAGUGUAUGGUUGAAGCAAUUUAGUGUCUUGGUGCAGAAAUAAUUCCAACGUCAAUAUCAGAUAGAUGUUUUUACUUUUGGCAGAAUUAUACUUUUAUUUGCUGUAGUAAAAAACGUCCUAUAGAUUACAGUUUCUGUGUGUGUGAAGUUUGUUACUGAUAAGUUUCUCCAUCCUCUUCAAAUUAUUUAAUAUUCUCUUCUACUCCCCUUGGCAGGUUGGAAACCUUGGCCUUCUCUUCAUGCUACUAUUUUUCAUCUAUGCAGCACUGGGAGUGGAAUUGUUUGGGAAGCUUGGUGAGUCCUCUGAAUGCUUCUGGGAUUGAGAUAUUUGUGUUAUGACUGUUAAAAAAGUGCCGACAUGAAACCAAAUUUAAGAGGUGGUAUGUUAUAGCCUGGCCGGGGUUUAACUAUAUCAGGAAAUGGUGGCCAUCAUUCCAUUAUUGUUUAAAAAUUAUACAAUCGCAUCUGCUUAUUUUCAAGGGAGUCUAACCUGCAGGAUGCUUUGCAGCUGCUCAUUGCUCGGGUUUUAUUUGAAGAGAGUACGGCAAGAACUCCAUAUUUCUGGAGUGUGAAUUAUUUUCAGUUCAAAGUGAUUUAAAUUUUUUAGACCAAAAUAGACCUACUGAUAUUGUAUAUGCCUAGGAGAAUUUUUCAGUUUCAACUAUUUUAGGCAAAAUUUUAAAUUCACUUUAAAUUCACAACAAUUUAUACUUUAACAAAUAGCCCUGUCGGUGUCGAAGAAAGUAAAGUGUAAAGUUUAUUUUAAAGACCGGAUGAAGAACUAGCUUGUUAAUAUUAUUAUAUUUGGAAUGAUCUUACAUAUCGCACUAUGCUGUUAACAGAAUAGGGGAAAACCAAAAAUGUUGUGAUUUGAGUUCCGUUCAGGCACAACAAAAUGAUUCAAAUUAAACAUUAUUUUUAAAUUUGUGUUCAUAAGUUGCAGAAAUAUAGUAUUUCCUUGUCCUGAAAGCCAGUGAAUAUGCUCAGAGUAACUGUGCAGAAUGACAAAUACCACUUUUUAAACGUACAGCAGGUUUAGCUUUUGUAAAUUAAAAAUAAAAUUUUCUUUAAUAUUUAAAUAUCCUGUUUAGGGAUGUUAAAUGUUUGUAUUAGAGGUGGAGCUUACCGGCACACCGGAGCGGCCACAAUUCACAGUGGCUCCGACAAACCGAAACAAAUCAUGGCUCAUAAACGCCGAAAACAGACGAAACCGCGGAAACACAGAGCGGGGCCCACUGAGGAGCCCACUGAGGAGCCGGCAGAUGCCUUUUUUUCAGGCAUGAAACACCGCAAAAGGGGCGCUGCGGCCUACCAAACGGGCACACGACCACGAGACAUAGCCGGCGAGCUAGCAGCGUGGCUGGAGACCGGCAUCCACAAACAAAUCAGCCCAGACUCCUACUCACAUCAGGAGAUGGGGCCGAGGUCCCAGAAACCAGUGCAGCAAACACCUCAGACACAAAGGGACAUCGGCACCAUGCUGCAAACUCCAAUGUCACGGGCCCAGACCUCCCUCGAGGCCUCACCUAUAAGGUCAGUUGAAGUAGCCUCCUCACACAAACCAACACCAGACCAGUGGGAUAGGGGCCCCGGCAACUAAACAAGACAUUCAAGAGUUGUUAACAUGGCUACAGCAAAACCUUCAACUUAUGUGGCAGACUGACCUUAAGGGCCUAGCGGCUGAAGUCCAAACACUCACAGCUCGUACUCAGGCCACAGAGGAAGAGGAACAAACCCUACAACGAGAACUAACCGACCUGCGUGACACGGUGCAACAAAUACACCUCACACACCUCACUCACCAGGCAAGUCAAACUGCUAGACGACAGAGGGAGAAGAAAGAAUGUGAAACUCAGGGGGGUUCUAGAAACAAUACCUCUAGACGAACUGCCGCACUUCAUACGGCGCCUCGUAGCAUCACUAUUACCCUCACGACAGGCCAAACAUUUUAACUUUGACGGGGUAUACCGGAUUGCCAAAUCACCGAAAGCCCCACAAGAGGCUCUCCGCAACAUCAUCUUAAGGUGCCAGACACUAGCAGACAAGAUAGCCUUAAUGGCCGCCAUCAAAGGGAAAUCGCCAUAGGACUUUGAGCAGUGCCGUAUUACCUUCUUCCAGGACUUAAGCAGGGCCACACUGUUAUGGUGCAAAAGCUUACAACCAAUCACUACCUCUCUCCAGACUGCCGGACUAACAUACAGAUGGGCAACCCCCAGAACACUGUGGGUCACCAAAGAUGACAAAACCUACAAGAUCUCCGACCCGGAGGAGGGCCCAGCACUGCUCAACAUGCUGGGACUCCCCACCAGUGCCAAAGGAUUACCCAUCUCUAGACCUAGAACCCUGGCUAACACACCACCAUCACCUGGCGGAGCAGAUGUAGGCCCAGAGACCUGAAAGAGGCCUGCACAUGAACACGGCAAUGCUGUCACAGAUCUCUCAUUUGUUGUUUAAUGUUUGCUUUGCUCCUUAUGUUUAAUGUUUAACUCAAAAUAACCGACAUGACAAAGACAACCUGAGCUCACCCAGAUGCGACCAGGCACAAAACCUCCAGUGACACAUAACACUAUACUGCACACUACCACCCCCCUUCUGCCCAGGGCCCUUAAAGGACAGGGGACAAGCCACUCAGCAUACGAGCAGACAUAGUACCAAGACUAACCCAGACUACCACCAGAUCAUGCUCCCCAACCUAGACCCCCAAAAAUAGACCUGCACCAACCGGACAAUCGUCCACACACAGAGUCAUAGACCCUACCUAACUUGAGUAUAGACACAGACCCGGGCACCAACCAAAGCAAAGGAGUAUCCCUACCUACACCUAUAGCAGUAGACAAACAACAUACGGUUAGAAGCACUAGAAGGUACAACCCCCACAACUCCACGGAAAGGAUACCCUAGGUAGUGCUACACUGCACUCACACCACACUAAUCAUUUAUACAAGCAGACGGACAGACCCUUAUAACUGCCUAGCCCACUCAAAAUGUGCAAAUGACAUAACAGCCAUACAUGUUUAUUACAUCGCUACCUAAACCAACUAACUGUGAUCAAAGUCAUGACACAAUGCAAAUGUUGUAAUCACCCUAUUUGCACAAAAACAAAAUAAAGAAUUUAUAAAAAAAAAAAAAUUUUGUAUUAGGUUAAGGGGAGCACAAUGUCAGCAAAUGGAUCUGUAUAUGGUCAUAAGGCCAUGUGUAAUAAAUAAAUAGGCAAUAAAAAUAUCUGCCUGCAUAUACAUGUAUGUUGUGGACACUACAACGUAGUCCAAGUACAACAGCUUGUACUCUUUGUUACGCAGUGUGUCCAGUAUAUAGUACACGCUUCUUUUAAAGCCUAUAGAGCCACUUUGCAGGCUACUGUUAGUGUUGUCCCAUGGCAAGUCUGCCCCCUGGAGGGCAUUCUAUAUUAGAUACAGCAUUAUUCACUAAACUGAAUUUUCUGGAAUUCAAAGUAAAUUUCACGUUUUAGACCAAAAUAGUAAAUUAGAAAAAUUCUGCGAUUCUUUAUUUCAACUAUUUUGGUCUAUUUGAAAUUCACUUUGAAUUCCUGCCAUUUUUCUGAAUAAUUCUGACAUUCUCACACUUUCUGUUAUCAGCGAAGUGCUGGGGGUCACUGAUGUAACACAGCAAAGGAGAUCUCUGCCAGAAGGGGUACACAUCUCUGCAAACUGUUCUUUUGAUAUAUUGUAGCUGACUUUGUGAGAGAUGUUGUGUUAUUAUUGGCUAACGCAAGCGAGACUUUCCAGCCCUGUUUCUUGAGAAAAGUUUGUUAGGUACGCUGUUCAUUGCUCCUUUCAAUCAAGCUAUUGUUUUCUGUAUUCCUGUCCGAUCCUACCCUUCACCGUCCUCAAUUAUUGACUCGGCACAAGAACUAGAAUUCUCUACGGAAUUCUCCUGCAAACUUACAAGCUCUGGAAAAUAAAUAGCUCAUUAAGGAGCUGGCAGGAGUGAUGCCUGUCUGUCCAUAAUGAAAACUUAAUGGACCUGUUUUAUUUAAUAGGGAUUUUUUUCUUCUUUUUUUUAAUUUUUUUGGACUGUUUAUUGCCUUUCCUAGAAUCUUAAAACUAUGAAAAGUAAAAAUGUACCUGACUCCUGUGAAAUCUAAUGUAUGGCUCUCAUUAAACUAAAUCACUGAAAGAAUCUCUGUCACUUCAGCCUUUGUGGAUUGACUCUCACAUCAAUCUCAGUCCUGUUUGGACUGCGGGAAUUGCAGUCCAAACAAGUUACAGUACUUGUAUACUUACCUUCAUGAUGUUGGGGGGGAUGCCUGAGCAUCAUGAGGGUUGUAUUUCACAGCACAUAGAAUGGAUUGCUGAUCUCAAGAAUCUCAAUAGUUCCACUUAGAUUAGAGAUUUCAAACUCUGACCCCCCCCCCCUCCCAUCCCCCAAGAUGCUGUUGGCCUACAACUCCCAGAAUUCUUUAAAUACAACAGAUGGCCAGAGAAUCAUGGAAGUUUUAGUUCAGCAAUAUCUUGGGGGGCAGAGUGAGAUGCCUCAUUUAGACAAGAACUUUUUCUUCCCCUGCAGUGUGUAAUGAAGAUAAUCUGUGUGAAGGACUCAGCAGGCACGCUACGUUUGAGAAUUUCGGGAUGGCGUUUCUAACUCUGUUCCGUGUCUCCACGGGUGACAACUGGAACGGCAUCAUGAAGGUGAGAGACGAUAACUUGCUUUAUAUCCCAGAAUGUUCUUCAAUAUUUUACUACAUUGCAGCGCAGGAAAUCUUCAGGAACCCAUAUUACCCUCCUGCUGGGAUCUGGCCUACGUGUUUGUUUUUAGACUUCCAUCUUUCUCUCUGCAUUUUCCACAAUGAAUUUUUAAGAAAUCUGAACCCCACUCCAGCUGUGUUUACGUCUCCUGCACAGGCAGACAAAUGUUUGCUCCUCAUCUCAAUUUCAAGGCUUCCUCAGCUAGGCAGGUUCUCUCCGCUGUGAACACAGAAGCUGGGGAGCAUGAUAACGUCUGUCUCUAGUUGUGAUGUGCGUGUUGAGCAUGUUAUACUUAUUGAGGGGCUCUGAAGACACCAGUAGCCACAAGAACGAAGGUUGACUUCCUGUCUUGAUAUCAUUAGAGCAUAGAGAUCCAUUAUUUUCUAUUCAUGCAAUUUUACACCUAUUUUAUCUGUUGAUCCUGUGCAAACAUUUUUAAAUCUAUCCAUUUAUUUAACAAUUCCUUUAAAACUGACACCGUGUGACUCAUGUAACCCAAACACGGAUAUGCUCACAUUUCAUUGUGUCAUCAAACUAUCUGAAUGCUUAAGUGACCAAAAAAAAAAACCACCACACUCCCAGGGCAAUCCAGUGUUAAAUCAUUUCCUGCCAGGGAAAUGUAUUGCCCACGACUCUGAAUAUCUGUGUGAUUCAUAUAUUGCUACAAAAACACUGACGGUUGUUAUCAUAUUGUUAUGAUGAAUGUUUAUCUAAUGCCAUACCAGGCAAGAAACAGUGAGUGACAGAUUGCCCUCUCCACUCCCCUGGUGAGCUACAUGUACCACCAUGACUUUUUUAAUAAUUACGAAAGUUGAUUUAAUGUUGCUACAAUAUGGAGCAAUAAAUGUAAAGGGCAUUCUCUAUUGUCUAUAACAUAAGAAGAGCCAGUAAAAACAGAUAUUCCAAAGUAAUUUUUCUGUUUUGCGGUUCCAGCCAAUGCAUUUAAUGACUGAAAAAUAACUAUUGACAUUCAGUUACUGCCGGCAUCAUAAUUAUCUAGGGUGUAGAUUUCACGAUUGUUAUAUGUAUUUAUUCGCUUUACACACCAACGGAGAAGUCUAGAACACUCAGAAAUACAGAAAUACAAUGUAGCACAAAAGGAUCAGGUCUAGGUCUGUGCCUACAUCAUAUGUUGGGUUUAUGAAGACACUUUUUUUUGUUUUAAACUUUUAUAAAGUCUACUAAGUGUCAAAAGUACCCAAAUGCCUGCAGUCAACUUGUGACUGAAUUAUUGGUUCUCCCCGAGAGGAAGAAUAAAAGAAUGUCUUUGGUCACUGGAGUCAGAGACCACAAUGGAACAAAGAUUUUGAAUAUGGAUUAAGAGGUGUAUUAGCUGUGACUUUAAUAAGGUAUGAUAGCAGUGUCGGCACAUAUUUCGAUUUACCUACGGCUAGUAUUAUCUCCCUUCUCUACAGGAUACAUAUUGACAUAGACAAAAGGCUUUUAAUUUUUGACAAUAGAUGAUUUUGAGAAAAAUAAUACUACUCAGUGCUUACUUCUCCUACUAAAUAUGUCUUUUUUGAGAGUGUUGUAUAGACACUGUGUUACGGGAGUGGGCGUGGGUGGAUUCACAAUUUAAUAGUGGUAUAAAGCUAUAAUCCUGUAACCUAGUACAGCCUUAUUUUUCCAUUCUUCUUUGUUUUCUUGUUCAUCCUCUUCCUUCUUCCACCACCAUUCUCCACCAGAACAUGUAAUUUCCUGUUUCUUAGGCUCCUGUAUCAGUUGUAUUUUGCUGAUAGUUGCAAUACUCAAAUUGAAACAAAUUAAAACAAUGCAUGGUGAAAAUUGUAACAAGGUAACAAUAUUUUAUGUCUUUUUUCAUUGAUUAGGACACACUCCGAGAAUGCAACAGUGACGACAAGCAUUGCCUCACCUACCUGCCUAUCAUCUCCCCUGUCUAUUUUGUCACCUUUGUCCUGAUCGCCCAGUUUGUCCUGGUUAAUGUUGUGGUAGCAGUGUUAAUGAAGCACUUGGAGGAGAGCAACAAAGAAGCCAAAGAAGAUGCAGAGAUGGACGCAGAGAUCGAAAUGGAGAUGUCACGGGCACUGACUCCAGCUGCUGGAAGCGGCAGCCCUGUUCCAGACAACAAGGCAAUCACCAGGAACAUUAUCCCCGUGAAGACAGAACACCCAGUCCUGCUGAAACAAGCCAGGGUAAAAAAGAUAAGCACUUUAGAAAAUGAAUUAUCCUUCCGUUAUGUAAUAUGAUGUCCACAUCGAGGGAUAGAAUGAAGCAUAGGUCUAAGCUACAGGAUUCAUAGCACCACAACCCACAGAUCACAUCUAAAAUAGAACAAUCUGGAUGUUGCUAUCCGAGUUCUAAGUGAGAACACUUAACAGCGAGUCAAUGGAAGCUCAACAAUGCAGAGAUUCCAUCUCCUACUAGCCAAAUACAGUUUGCCAAUAUAGGGCUCCUGUAACCCCCUGUUAAAUCAACAAAGAGAUUAUAUAUCUUCUAGGUAACAUCUAAAAAUGAAUGGAUGUUGUUGAUCAGUUUUACAAUCCAUUUCCAUUAUGUGUUUCAAGAUGGUCAAUGGUUGGGCAACAAAAUUUAGAGCUGUGAGUUUAUUGUACUAAAACAAAACUGUCAAACCCCCCUCCCCACCCUUCCCUCCCGGUGUUCUCUCUUUGAGUGCUGCUCGGAAUGGGGCAGUGGAGAUCAUUCAUGCUUUGUCGAGCAAAAGCGGAGUGAGUACCACUUAUAUGGCAGCAAUCAUGGACAAAACACAGUGAACGUUGACAGUGUUACUUUAGUGGGCAUUCCGUAUACGAUAAUCACUUAUGUUCCUUACAUCGAUUACGGAGUAUGAAACUUUGUGGACUUACAUGCACCUUGGGUCAGACACAGUUUGAAAAAUGAGGGUUAGUCUCUCUUGUUUUCCCUGCUUCACUUCCUGCACAGAUGCAGGAAAGACCAGAGAGACUGUCGGUUUUCAAACGCUGUCUGAGCCAACGUGCAUGUAUAUGUCUGAAAGAUCCUGCCAUAGAUCCUGCCAUCCAAAAGGUAAGGAUGGAUUUUUCACUCUUUAUUUAUUUUUUUUAUAUACACUUAAUUUUAUAUAUAUAUAUAUAUAUAUAUAUAUAUAUAUAUAUAUAUAUAUAUAUAUAAAUGACAGUGUCAAAGGUUGCACUCACGGAUUCAUUAAAAAGUUACUUUUAUUAAAUUUUCCUUAAAAAUCGACGUUUCAGUCCUAUUCAAGGACUUUCAUCAGGAUUAUGUAAACAGUAUAUAACAAACAAUUUGACAAUAUAUAGGAUGCAAUAAAUUACAAAUAGACUCACCACAGGUGCUCCGUGCUAAGACCGGCGUUCAAACCGGAAGUGUGCGCAUGUGCGGGAAAUCUCCGCCCCCCAGCGUGACGUCAUGCGUACAGCGCCGUCGUUACCACGGUAACGCUGCUAAAUAUAAACAGUAAAAUAUUGCGAUCUAAAUAUAUGCUGGGCAAACAUACCAAAACAGUGAUCUGAAUGUAGUGAUCUAAACAUAAGUGACAUAUUAAUUAAGAACACCAGAUACUGGCAUAAGACAAGUAUAAAUGUGGUUGCUCAGAUAAACCGGUUGCAAAACAUUUUUUUGAAUUAAAGCAUCCAUUGGCUACAUUGAAAUUUAUGGCCAUUGACCAUAUCCCUGUCCCUAGAAGAGGGGGUGAUAGGGGGAAAAUGCUACUCAAUAAAGAAGCUUAUUGGAUACAUGAGCUGGACACUGUGUCUCCAAAAGGAUUAAAUGAAGCUUUGUCUUUACACUCCUUUUUGUAAUUAUUUUGGCCUGAAUGCCCCUCAAUGUUCUUUUAAUGUGCGAUUUUAUAUUUAUGUUUAUUCCACGUUUUCCUACAUGCAUUUUUUAUAUGAUGAUUUUGCUGUCGUCCUCUUAUUAGAUAAUAGAUUGUAUACAAGCAAGCAUCAGUACUUAUUUUUAGAAAUUUGAUCUAUAUGCUCUGAUGCUGGAUAUAAUAGUGACACUAAUUAAUUAAUUUUUUGAAGGUAUACAUUUUUAGAGUGACGAAGGAGCAAAAGUAGAAAAAAAGUUUUGAAUAAUUUUUUGGUUGAUCAGUUUAUUAUUAUAUGCAUCUAGUCAUUGGGGUUUCUUGAAUAUUUAUACAAACUGUAUUGGGUCACAAUAUAUUCACAUUAGCACUCUGGCACUUUAAAUUUUGCACGUUCAUAGCACUUUAAGUGAAGAUUUCAUUCUGCACUAGCACUUAUUAUGACCCAUUAGCACUUUAUUAAUAUAUACAGUCCACAUUUAUACUUGUCUUAUGCCAGUAUCUGGUGUUCUUAAUUAAUAUGUCACUUAUGUUUAGAUCACUACAUUCAGAUCACUGUUUUGGUAUGUUUGCCCAGCAUAUAUUUAGAUCGCAAUAUUUUACUGUUUAUAUUUAGCCGCGUUACCGUGGUAACGACGGCGCUGUACGCAUGACGUCACGCUGGGGGGCGGAGAUUUCCCGCACAUGCGCACACUUCCGGUUUGAACGCCGUUCUUAGCACGGAGCACCUGUGGUGAGUCUAUUUGUAAUUUAUUGCAUCCUAUAUAUUGUCAAAUUGUUUGUUAUAUACUGUUUACAUAAUCCUGAUGAAAGUCCUUGAAUAGGACUGAAACGUCGAUUUUUAAGGAAAAUUUAAUAAAAGUUACUUUUUAAUGAAUCCGUGACACUGUCAUUUGCAUAUUUGGAGCCCUGGGAGUGCACCCGGUCUGGAAAUGUGGAGUAUGAGUGCAAGGUAUAGUGCCUUUUUCUUUAUAUAUAUAUAUAUAUAUAUAUAUAAAUUAAAAUACUUGACAAAAGAUAUUAUUAAACAAUGCUGAGGUGACAGCUGUCCUAUAAGCCACUUUGUAGAUGCUAAUAUUUUUUGGAGAAAUUUGACUCAAUUUAUUUCAUGAGCAAAAGAACAUGAGGCGGCAGAACUACAUGUGGCUUAGGGACAUGCACACUACUCCCACUGAAAACAGAAGAUUAGUCACUUGGUAUUUAGACCUUGAGAAUUUGUAGCAAACAACCAGAAUUAUUUAUUUAUGUUGUUAAUGUUUUAUCUCCAUAAUACAUUAAAUGGGGUGGGUCUACUCCAUUGGAAAGUCCUUUUAAACACUGGAGAGCAAUUAACAUUUCGGUUUAGCCUUGGAGGGCUUUUGGAAUGAAGUAUUUUAAGUUUAAGUGUUAAGUGCUACAUUUUAAAAAUGACUUGAAAAACCAAGACAUGUAAAAAAAAAUUAUAAGUCACCGUGGUAAAAUGCGAGGUAUGGCUGACUUAUCUGUGAGGGUUUACAUAGUGAGUUGACAUUUGACUUAACCUCCUAAAAAUAAAUUCCUAAUAUAUGCUAAAUGGAUGUUUGUUUCCUUAAUUAUGCACUAAAGGGAGCACUGAGCCAGGAGAGUGUGACUUUAGUGAUCCCAGAAUCAGUGGAGGCAUCUGCCUGGGUGAAGGAUACAGCACCACCGUCCCCUAUCCCCUACAAGCACGGUUUGCGACUACCCCUCCAGCCCAGCGUACAUGGGCACGAGGUGAUUCCUCCCAAUCUGCGUUACUGUGUUGUGUAGCAAAUGUGCUUUCUGCAUCUUCAUUGCUUUCCAGCUUCUGCCUGACUCUGUGCCCCUGCACGUAGGAAGCCUCCUGCCCCAAAUGUAUGAAACAUCUGAUUUAUGUCAGCUUUCUAAAGAGUUAGUCGCAGUGAGCCAAUAACCCGUUAUAGGCCAAGAUAGCCGAAUCGGAAAAUGCAGCCAGCGAUUUGCAAUCAUUGUUCGGAAGGAAAAUCCUGAAGGACACCUAUCAAAAGUAUUUCCCUAGAAAGCUAUAGUCCUUUAACCUUCUGGGUUUGUUCUGGCCCUUCCACCUAUCAUUUUUAAUUUUAUAGCAUAAACAUUAAAAAAUCCCCAUGUACUUCCAAUGUUUGAAAUGUCCAUUUUGAUACCCGAGCUCUGCAGUAAGGUUCAAAUGUGAACAGUUCCCAUACCUACCUUUCACCAUGUGGGCGCAAUUAACCCAGAUCCUGAUGUAUGCAAGUAGAGAUUGCUUUUCACAACACUUUGCACCAUAGGGGCAUUAACGCACAUCUGGUACACGCUAGCUGUUUGUUAAAUGUGAGUUGGAAAAGGGCUUUUAUCAGCACCAAUGCUUUGCUAACAUUAGUCUGUCUCCAAAAUGUUUUGAAGCACACAAAGCACAUUACUAGCAGCACUGAACUUUAACGCUAUGUAUUUUAGAGCAGUUUUAUGUAACAGUAAAAGUAUCACCAGGAGGUGAUAUUUAGGUUUGGAUAUUAGCAAGUUUGCACUGGAUGUUAUUUAAUUGGCUUGUGGAUAUCGUAAUUGCAAUUGCUUCCUCCUGCAAGACUCUCUGCUGGUUAAAUAUGCUACCUAUUUUUCCCGUGUAAUGCUUUUGUCUGUUCUUGCUCUGCAGGAUGGUGAUGUCUACUUGAGAGAUGGUGCUGGCUCUCAGACCCUACUGGCAGUAAGAAAGGUCUCCGUAUCCAGAAUGCUGUCAUUACCCAAUGACAGCUACAUGUUUCGUCCUGUCCUGCCAGCCAAAGCUUCGUACCCUCUGCGUGAAGUAGACACUUAUGAAGACACUUCUCUAAAUGGUAAUUGAUGAUAUGACAAAGCUUUGAUGUUAUCUGAUUAAAAACUUAAAGGGAUCUAUUAAUCAAAGAGCGUGUGCAAACAGCUGCGUUAACAAAGAUAUCUUUUUAAAAAUGUCAGGCGUAAAUAGAAAUGCCUUUUUAUACAGAUUUCGAGGGGGGUUUAUUUUGGUCCUUGGCCGCUUACUUGUUGGUGGAGGAAGGGUAACCACAUCCACCAAUCAGAAUGCAGCAGAUGCAAACUGUUGUUACUAAAAUUCAGGGGACAGCAGGCAGAACAAAUUAGACGAUAGGUAGCUAACACCGAAACUGCAGAUAGCGUUCCUUGAAUCUCCACUAACCAUGAAUGCCAUAAAAAUAAAAAGUGAAAUUUCAAAGUAAAGCACUGUUUUAUUGCUCUGAGUUUAACCCCUUAAGGACCAAACUUCUGGAAUAAAAGGGAAUCAUGACAUGUCACACAUGUCAUGUGUCCUUAAGGGGUUAAAAAAAAUCAAAGGAAAGAGGAGUGCAUGAAAUGAUGAUUUAAAGACAAAUAAUAGCAAAAUAAAAGGCAUGUUUUGGGAUCAGUUUUUUUUUCCCAUAGGAAGAGUUCAGAGCCUUCGCUGAGAAAUGUUGCUUGUUUAAACAAAGCCUUGCAUCCUCUGAUGUCACAGAUUUACUGAAUUAAAUUUUGCAAAACCAGGAGCUGAUAUUCUGUGCAAUUUGGCAGCUGCUUUCAUUUUUUUUAUUUUUUUAUUUUUUAUUAUUGGCCUGAAUAUCAGCUCCUGGACAAACAUUCACCCUGGUGGAAAACUGGUUUUGCAUAGUUUAAAUAGUGUGGUGAAUUUUGUACCAGUCUCUUCAGAGCGAUAUUUAGCAGAUAAACCCCUACUCCCAGCACCUUCUUAAAAAAACAAAAAUGCUAUAUUUUUCAUAUAGUAAUCUUCUCCCUUUGUAUUUACGUAUUCAUUGAACUAAAGUUAAAAAAAAAAAACACUUCACAGGAUUUGUAGUAUUAUGUUUACUUAUCUCUAUAUCUAACAAAUAUGUAUUUGUGAAAUAUAAAAAUUAAAAUCAAAAGUAGAAAUCUGCACCUUUUUAUUCUGUGACUCCCUAGUUUAGCUCCCGGUCAAUCAGUUAUAAACGUUGUCCUUUGCACCUGAUAGUCAGCAUGGAGAAGGUAUACAGAGAGGAGGAGAAAUUAAGAUGUUUCUCUUUUUCAUCCUCAUUUGAGUCCUGCUUUGCCGUGUCUGAACUGGAUUAUAAUUCAUUUGCUAUGCAUUUAAAUAAAAGGUCAGGUGUAUGCUAGUAACAAUGUUAAAGGGUUACUCCAACCACCAUAACCACUUCAGUGAUUUGAAGUGGUGGUGGUAGGAGUAAGUAUGAGCAAUGUUUUUGCUUGUGUUAUUUGUAAUUGUGUGCUGGGGGCUAGUUGCUCACCCAUCACAACUCUGUUCCGGGUUGGCAAUGUCAAUUCUGUGAAUAAAGUAUGUCUGUUGUCAGUGCGGUUCCUCGGUUUGGACCAAUCUGCCUCGUUGCCUGACAUAAUCAGAAUUGAUGUGACAUAAUUAGAAUUGAUGAUCUCAGCCAAUCACAAUGUUUUCCCAUGUAGAUGCAUUGAAUCAAUGCAUAUCUAUUGGGUAAGUUCAGUAUCUCCAUGCAGAGCAUGGAGACGCUGAACGUCGGUGCUGCACAGUGUGCAGAACUGACACAGGAAGCACCUAUAGUGGCCGUCUGAGGAGUGGCAACUAGAGGUAUUCCUAGGCUGUAAUAUAAACACUGCCUUUUCUCUGAAAAGACAGUGUCUACUGUAAAAAGCCUGCAGGGACUCACUAUACUCACCAUAACAACUACAUUAAGCUGUAGUUGUUCUGGUGACUAUAGUGUCCCUUUAACUUAUCUGGGGAGGUUUUGUUUUUUUCAUUAAACCAGUCCAUUUAAGUGUUGUGCAUAGUGUAAAUCACUAUUACCCACACAUACCCAGUUAUAUAUCUACACCGAGAAAGCCUUCAUCAAAAUAUAAAUAUGAACACUUUGGCAUGUUUGAUAGAUUACAUGAAGCACCCGUGCACAACAAAAGUGGUUCUUAGCAGUGCACCCUUCAUGACUUUGCUUUCACCUAGUGUCCUAGUGGAGGAAUGGGUGAGUUGUGCCCCAGUCACAUAGUACUUUCAUCCCUAAUCCCACCCAGUACAUUCUUUAUCACACUGUUCCCUGCUGUUUCGGAGAGGUGUUGCACCUUUGAUGCGGUGUUUGGAGCAGUGAACAAUCCAUGCAUAAUUCUUCUGUGAAACCCCAGAGAUCUAUUUGGUGCGACAUAAAUUAAAGGUUAUUCUUAAUACUGCUUUAUAGUUGUAAAUUUCUCCUUCUUUUAGUAUUUUAUUAAAUUGCUUGAGGUAGACCAAUCUCUGGCAAGACCUUACAGAUUAUUGCCACUUUACACAAAUUCCAAAGUUGUAAGCAGCAGGAUUAAUCAGUAUAUGUCUCUCUCCAAAAUGCAGGGUCGGUUACAUCAGUCCAUUCCCAAGCCAGUGAUAUCAGUUCUUUGCUAAAAUUACCUGUGGAAUGUCAACCUUUACCAUCCUGCCACCUGGACCCAGAGGACAUGCCUAAAAUCCCACCUCCAAUCUCCACCUCCAGAUCUCCAAGUCUUAACAGACUAUUACGCAGACAGGUAAAUAUAUAUUUUUUUGGCAUUUUUUUAAUAGGCAGCAUAAACCUUUUAUAGACUACAAAAUAAUAUUCUCCUUUUUUAUUCUGUCAUUUUCCAAUCUCAAACACACAAUUAUCAGUCUUUACUUUGAAUACAGGGUUUGAAGUGUCUAUGCAUGUAAGGCUUGACUGUUGUCUUUGGUUCUUGGUUUUUAGGAGGCCAUACGGAUGGAUUCAGUUGAUUAUCACACUGAAGAAUCUAGUGACAGUCUUCAGGCUGAUUCUACGGAGAGCUUAAAUGUGAGGACUCCAUCACUAACUACAUUAGUUCCAAAUUUGCUUUGCCCCACUCCUCUCUCUCUGCAGGGAACCCCGCAGUCUUCCCCCAUACUCUCUUCUCACCACAGAAAGUCAAGUGUCCGCACACGCAAACAUGUAUACAGCCAACACAGUAUUCCCAGCCGGCCUUCAAGCGGCAGCAGCACCAACACCAACCCAGAGGAAUCUACAUUUGAGUCCUCAGACCUGGCUGAUGAAGAGGUCAGCCAUAUAAACAGCUCAGCAAAGGGCUGGCGAGGACAAUCGCAUAAUAGGAGUCACUCUGUCUCUCCUUUCAUCUCCCAACCUUCAUCUCCUCCUCUACUAAAGAACUGCAAUAGCACAGCCAGCCUGGCAGGAACCGGCAACAAAGACAAAGACUUGAAGAAGUUCUACAGUGUUGAUACGCAAGGAUUCUUAACAAAGCCCAUGUGGGCAGAAGACCAAAGGAGGCAUUCCAUUGAGAUUUGCUCCUCCAUUGAUGAUGGAGACUCCUGCUUUGAUCUGUCCAUCGAAGAUAAACAUGACUCUUCUGUUCAUAUUCAGUCUGACCCAGAGUACAUCAAUGGAGUUAGGAGGAAAAAAAAGAUGAGUCCACCCUGUAUUUCUAUAGAACCUCCCAUGGAGGAUGAAGGUGUCACAGCUCCCUGUACCAAAGCAUCAGAAAAUAGUAUGAUGUUAAGAAGGAGAACACCAUCUUGUGAAUCCACUGCAUACAGGGACUCUUUAGAUCUUAGCGACAACCAAGUUGUUGACCAAACGUCAAAAACUGAUAGACGGAUCCAGACUCCUUGUCGCAAUGAACACUUGAUAAUACCCAGCUAUUCUUUUGAUCAGCUGGAUACGAACAGCUUUUCGGACCUUUUAACAGACGGUGGAUGCUCCACUCCUCCAUCAGUUGGCCUUGUGGAUUCUAGGCCUGAACCAGCGGCUUUAGAUAGUAAACAAAAAGACCAUCUCCAAAUACAGAGCACCAAUCUCGAAAACAGCAACAGAGAUUUAAUUGGCAUUGGUAUGGGUUCCUUGAAAAAGCUUGCACUAGUGAACUCUUCUAAAACAACAGAGGAUACAAUAAAUAAACCGUUAUAGCCGUUAAGGAUUUGAGACAUUUUAAAUUGACUAGCUUGAUGAACCACUGGAUAGACGGGUCUUAUAAUCCCCUUUGGGUGUUAGUGUUUUCAAUAUGCUGUGGGCUCACGAGGAAUAAUGAAUAAAAAAAGGAAAGAUUUGCAGAUGGUUUGAAUUAAAAUUUUCUUCUUUUGUUUGGUUUUAUAAACGGAAUACGGAGUUAACUUUCCAUAUAACCUCAAUCACAUUGAUUCGAGUUUUCUUUUUUUUUUUUUUAAUGUUUUUUUUAUUUCUAUUUUUAAGCUGGCACUUUUUAUUGUGCAAAGACACAGCAUACAGAAGUGCUGAAAUAUGAAGACUUGUACAUUAUCUGUAUAUCAGCAUUAUAAAUAAAAUAGAAAUAAUGUAUUUGUGAAAAAUAGGUAGUCUGUCUUUGUGAUGCAAAGAUAUCAGGUUUCCUCCUAAUUGGGUUACCAAAGAUUCUAUCUCCUACACAGGACAAUCAUCAAGAGGGGACAGGCAGUAACCCAGAACGUUUAUUUUUGUAAUACAUGUGCUAAUUUACAAUAGAACAAUAGUAGAGUAGAAUCUAUG